GUGGUUGCCCACAGUGGUGUGCUGCAGUCCGCUCCCUAACGUUGUUGAGUAAACUACAUGGACAUUAGCGGGCGCAGCGGCACAACCACCGAGCCGGAGUGGAUUAAAACAGCGCGCAGUGUGCGUGGAGAACCACUCGGUAACGACUGUAACAGAGUGAGGAGCCCCGGUGUGUAACAGCAAGUCCGUUACAGCACUUUGCAGCCGCGAGACAGCCAAAGAAAAGGGGCUCGUAGUGAACUCAGUCAUUGUAUUUCAGGCAGGCAGGGAGAGAGAGAGAGCUCGGCGGGAAUGGCUUCAUCUCCGUGCGGCAACAGUAACUUCGAUUCCGGGCUGGAAAUCAAAACUCGCUCGGUGGAGCAGACGCUUAUCCCUUUAGUAUCGCAGGUGAGUACCAUGUAGUGCAUUAUGUCGCUAUUUCUGACCAUUUUGUACUUUAAAAAGCGCACUUUAGCCUCUUAACAAAAGCCCUCUCCGGACGCAGGGGGCUAACUUUUCUCGUGUUUACCUGGGACUGCAUGUUUCCGUCGCGUGCUAUGUUUCAAGUCUGCCUCACGUGCUGAGAUCCUACCAGAAGUUUUUGUGUACUUAAACUUAAAACACUGUUUAAAUCUGAGUUAUUACAAACCACUCCCGUGUAGGCUGCUUAAAGUUGCGUUCAACAAAACGCGUUGCCUAACUUUAUUGUUAUCAUGUCGUCAAUGACAAUAAACAAUGACAAAAGGCAGAAAAUCUGUUGUUGUUGGGCAGAAGUUGGUAGGGUUCAGAAUUACAUAACAGGUCAGACUUCUAUAAAAGGGGAAGUAGCAGAAGAAACGGAGCAACUAAAUCAAUGACUCAGCUACCAAAAAAAAAAACAAACAACUAUCAGAUUAGUGAGAUUUUAAUCCCUAGUUUUCAGUCUCAUGGAAGUCCCCAUACACUCCACUGUGAGAAACUGCUUCUAAUCUAAAGAGGGGCAUGAAAGUUUCCUCUGAUUGUUUUUAUGUGUGACUCCCACUUCUCUAAUUGGGCCACUUUGAGGCACGUGUUUUGUUUUUCAAUAAACAGGAGUAGAUGAAAGACCCACUUAAAGCCACUGCACUCUUUCAGCAGCUUCUCCUCUUCGGUGCACUAGGAACAGCAGUCCCAGCUUGAAAAGUGUGGACUUUAGGUCAAUGAGUUAAUUAAUCAUUUAAGCUUAGACCCAGGAGCUGUUCCCCCCCCAAACAGUUGUGCCACUUUAGGCUGUUUGGAGCAAUAACUCAGUUUCAGAGCUAUCUACUUCAGAGCAUGUCUGUUCUCCACUGAUUUCUUCGUUAUGUAAAAGAGAUGGGCUGCAUCCCCUGAAUAGGGUAAUGACCACCACCAGUCUUGUAAAUGCUAACUUCCCUUUUCUGUGCAGGGGGAGAAAGGAACUUGUAAAUGCUCUGUUAUUUUCAGUAAGAGACAUUGACAUGGAAGAAACCAUCCUUCCCCCCUGUGAAAGCUGAAAGCCUCUAUUCACCCUCCCUCAUUGUAUUAGCGCAUUUGAAAGCUAUUAGGUGACCCUGUACUGACUGAUCUCGGGUAAGUUAUCAGAGAAGUGCAUCAGUCAGAUGAUGCGCUUUCAUUGAAGGCUGCCAAUUUGUGAUUGCUUUGAUUUUCAGUCAUUUGUACUUGACUGAAAAGCAAGUUUGGCUGAGAAUUAUAGAGUUGAUUCAGGCAAGGUUAUUACCUGCAAUGUAAACAGCAGUUACUGUAAUAAGCACUGCUGAGAUACAGUGAAAAAAAGCAUUCAGUAAAUCUGCUGCUCUCUGCGUUAUCUUAAUAAUAUUUUCGCUGCAGAAAACUUAUGGCGUACUCCUGCCCGCUGAGAAGGACUGGCUGGACUCCAGUCUAUAGCAUAGAAGAGUGUGCUGUACACUGUAACAGCUUUCAGCAUAUUAAAGUCCACAGUUUGAAUAGCGGGCCUCAAGGACAAUCUCUCCUAACUUUCUUUUUUUUUCUCUCAGUGUGAGGCAAGUCCCCAUAGCAACAGAGCACUGCACUGCUGAAAGAAACAACGCUUGCAAAGACUGUUAUCUCCAUAUGCAGUGCUUUUUUGACAGUUUUGCUGUGAUGUCAUCAGAAAGACGUCCACAGUCGGUGCUGACGCUUCAUUUGUUUCACACGCAGUGAGCUCUUUCUCUCUGACCAGUGUGGUUGCACAUGCCCGCACAUCACUGAGUAGUCUGAGUUUGCUCAAACACGACUCUAGAUCACCAGCACUUGUGGUAUUUGGUUUAUCAUUACAGGCCAAAACUCGUCAAAUGGAUCAAUUUGGGGUUACCUUGGGAAAGCUCAAGAUUUGUGUUGAAUGAUAAUAAGAGUAAGAGUGAUAUUAGAGCUUGUACUGGGUUUUACCCUUAUACUGUAUGUUUUAACUUGGGAACUUAAAACCACUAAUUUUGAUUCUUGCAUAUAUGAGGGAAAAAGUUGUGAAUUAAUGAGCUGAAAUGCUGAAAUAUGUAUUUUUUCUUUAAUUUUGGAAUAUGUGUGUUUGGUCAAAUUAACAACUUCACAUCAUUGGCCUUGUUAGCUGUUGGUUUGCCAAAUUAUUAUUAUUAUAAUUUUUAUGAUGUGGCUCCAGUCAGAGGCUAAAGUCAUGAUUUUACAAUGCUCAAUUAUUAGGAUAUAGACAAGCACAGAUGACAGAUAGCUUAUGAUACACAUGUCACAGUUUGGAAAAAAUUCUCAUCCAGAAAAUAGAGAUUAGGUUUAAUGUAGGCUGUGUCAAGAUAAAUUGGUGUAACUGGGAUGCGGAUGUUUAAUGUUGCAAGAGAGAUCAAAGACUGGUGGCGCUAGCUCUGCUUUUGUUAGCCACAUUCAUCAACCCAUGUGAAGUAGUUUGUCCAGAAACUCUGGGAUCAAUUAAAUUAGAUAGGCAUGUAUAGAAUAUAUAUGUUAUAUAUCAUUCAAAUAAAAAAAGUGCUAAAUCCUGAGACAUAAUCAAUCAAAACUAGCACGCAGAUUUUAAAAAGACUGCGUGAGCUGCAAGACAAAAACACAAUAACAUGAAGUGAAGUUAUCAAAAAGGUGCACACUGGACGACAUGGAAGCUGAUACUUUUAUUUACUAGUGUAACUUUGAUUGGUUAAUAAAAGCCAGUUUUGCAUCUCACUUUCUUUAUGUAACCCAGCUCUGGUGCUCAAAUCACUGCAGUAAUGUGAGUAAAAUAACUCAGUUAAAGGUUUAUGUGACUGUUCAGAGAUCCAGUAUUAAGUAACACAGCUUUGAUUUGAUUAUUUUUCUUAAAGUCAGUGUAAACACUCUGGCUGUGUGGGCUGUGUUGUGCAGCUUUACUCUGAAAGGAGCUUUGUACGUGGAUGUUUGUGUGCGUAUGUAUGGCCAUGUGAUGUCAGGGUCAUUUGAUAGCUAUCAAUGAGGAAAUGAAAAAGCAGUGUUAGAAGGAAAAGCCAGCGUUUGGUGGGGUGAUAAUGAAUCAUGUGGUCCACCAGUGUUUCCUUCUUUUAUUUUGCAUCCCUUCAUCCCUCCUUCUCUUCUUCUCUUCUCUCCUUUUCCCCCCUGUCCUCGCCUUCCUAUGACGCUGAUAUCCUCAGGCCUCUGUUAUCAGCUUCACUCCCACCAGGGUGUAAUUAUAGGCUUGGGAGUCUCCCUCCUUUGCACUACACACUCACACACAUACGUUCUACAUAUACACAUGCAUUGUACACAGUCCCACCCACCUUUUUUCUUUUCUUUUCUUUCCUUUUUUUUGUACUUGCAUGUUCACCUGUCUUCUUGAGUCAUCGUGCAUGCACUAAUCAGUGGUUUUGCAAUUUAAAUCACAUCUGAAUAUGUUUCAUAACGCAGCCACCUGGAUGUUUUCCAGCUGCAUCUCCCAUCAUUUCAACCAUUUAAUAAACAGAAGGAGCUCCUGCUUAAUUUAACAGAAGUGCUUGCUUCUGCUAGGAAUUCACUAAUGUGCUUUUCUUCACCUUUUUCCGCCUCUUUCUGCCACAGCCAUCUCCAUACCAAUGGAUUUUCAUUGUGAGAGGCAUGGUGAGGGGUAAUGAAUUGCUCUGGCGGUGGUCAAAAUAGUAAUGGGCGUCAAACAGAGAGAAGGGAAACCAAGUGAAUGUUGUAGCCUGUUUCCUACCUGUGAUGUGUUAUGUAGACAGCUGGAAGGCAAUUAGUGAUAAUCUGGCUGCUUUUUCCUAGACAUUUUAUUCCUGUUUUGAUGUGGUGAUUAGUGAAAUAACAGUUGAGUCCCAGGGUUUUUAUAAUUAAGGCGUGUUCCUGUAAAAACACAGCAGCUCUCUGUAGGCUCGGACAUGGUGGUCCUCAGGCCGACAGAAUGUAGGGGUGUUGUUUUGAGGUAAAGAUGUGUGGGAAUGAAGAAGGGCACCGGGGUAAUAACCAGGACUUUGAUCAGAUCGGUGAACAUUUAAGCACUUGUGACACACUGGCCUUGUGAUUACAAAGCUAUGCGGGCUUCAUCAUUUUUCUGCAGGGCUAAGCCUGGAGUUUCUUAAAAGAUUUUCUACUAUAAUUGGGCCUGGAAAAUCCGUUUUCUGUCCAAGUUUGUUAGCGUCGACUUUGUCAUGCUUCUAGGGGUUCUGUGGUGCUUGCAGUUUUUGCUCUCUGAUGUCCUAAAAAGAAAUGCAGGAAAAAAAAACCCUCCUCCGUGUUCAUUUUACCGACAAACUGGAUUGAAAUGGCGUAUUUAUUACCCAACAAAAGCUCAGUGGCGGUUUGGAGGAUGUGAUUUGCUUGGAGCAUUAGCAUUUUGUCACAUAAAUUCCUCAUUAAACAAAAUGCUGACAAAAAAAAGCGCUUCCCAAACACUCUCCCCGCUGAAAAGCUUUGCAAGCACGAACGCCAUCACUCAACAUUUGAUCCAACGUCUUGGAAAUAUUGGAAAUGAAGUUUUAUGGCAGGAUGGGGCAUUAUUUCCCUCUCAACGUUCCUGGUCCUGCAAUGGCGUGACAUGACAAACGUCCAGGUGGUGAAGUUGUUCUUUAUACUCAGACAGAGAGGCAUUACUGUUGCCACCAGCCCGAGUGGAUCUGCCUCCUGCAGCCGUGUGAUGAUAAUGAAGACAAAUGGGUUCGUGGCAUGAAGGUGAAACCACAUGAGGAUUACAGUGCUGCACAAGUAUGCGUGCGUCUGCAUACACACUCGUAGAGAGAAAAUAUACAAUCUCCUGGGAAUGAUACAAAGUGAAGCUUUACUGUGUGUGUGAAACAGGGAGGGGGAUUCCAGUGUGGUUUCUGCGUCUUUGUGUACUUUGGUGUGUGUGAUUGUUUGCUCACAGAUGACAGAAACUUAAUGAAUCUCCAGUCUUGUUGUUUGAGGUUUCAUGUUUAUCAAACUGCGCUUUUGGCUGUGUGUGUGUGUGUGUGUGUGUGUGUGUGUGUGUGUGUGUGUUUGUGUGUGCUGCCACCAUGACUUGUCACUUUAUCAGCCUGCUCUCCUCAACAAUGUGACCGAUAACACACUUCCACUGCAGGUCUGACCAAACCCACAAGGCCCCUAUUUUUCCUGUUUUGCCAUCACCUGUGGAAGAUUUUCAAGAACAUCCAGCGAGGUUAUAAAAUCUAGGGUUAGGUCGAUUUAAUCACAAAUAUUGACUUCUCCAACAACAACCCUCAAGCCACUUCACCAUGGUUUUUCGGCUGGCAUCUUUGGGGCCCUAAACCUUCGCCCAAGAGAGUCGAACAGUCACAGAUUUGAAUCAUCAAACUGGAUGUUUUUUCACCUGUUUGUUCCCUUUGACUAAAGAGCAGAUAAUCCAGUUAAAGAACAAAUCUUGGAAAUGAUUUGAACAGAAGGAGUCUAAACCUGAAACCAGCUGAGUACCUGAGUUCCUGAAGUCCUGCAGCUGUAGAGGAAAAGCUUUGGAGACACUGAUUUAUUAGAAGAAACUUCUUCAUUCUGGGUUUUUAUUGGUUUGAUCAUCUCCUCUGUUUGUGUUAGAAAGGAGACCUGUGGGUACAAAUCCUUCAGCUCACAGUAUUAAACCUUAUUGAUCAAAGAAAACAUUAUGAGAGUGUUUCAAGCUUGCUUUAGCUUUUCUUCCCAGCAUGCUCUGUGUAUAAGGUUGCAGCUGAAAAGAAAAAGUGCAGAUAUUCAGUAAAAAUAAGCAAGUCGGCUCAGGGUCGUCUGCACUGUUUAGUCGAGUCUUUGCUUUUUCAAAGGCUGCCGAAAUACGCACUCAUUCAUGCCUUUUGUAGAGUCUGCCUCUCUUUUCGGCUGUUUCAAAACUUGGGACAAUCAGGUCCAGACACCUUCAGGUCCUGUCCCACAGGCAGAGUAACUAGAUAGUAUUGUUGCUGCUUUUGUACAUCUGAAAUACUCCAGGUAUAGCUUAGGUUGUCUGUAAUGGUGGCAGAUACUACUAUGUUGUGUUCAGAGUAGGGAGAGGACUUAAAGGUCCCAUAUUAUGCAAAAUUCACUUUAGAAGGUUUUUCCAAUAAUCAUAUGUAUCCCUAGCCUGCCUACACCCCCACCCCCCCACCCCAAAAAAAAAGAAAGAAAAGGGAAAAUUAUUCCCUCUCCUUCUCUUGCUUGUUCCACCUUUCAGAAAAUGUCUGCUAAAACAGGUGUAUUGAAACUUUUGCCUCCAUGACGUCAUGGACGGCGAUAACUCCUCCCCUCCAGGUUGCUGACCCCCCUGAAGAUGUUUGCUCUGCCCCUUGAAAAUUUCCACUCAGACACAAUUUUUCUUCCUCGCAAACGCUGGUUUGAAAAAAGAGCAGUAAGUACAGGAAGACAGUGGAGAUGUAACCGUUAGCAGGAGCUAAUGUUAGCCAGCUACAUGUAAGUCACUGUGUACCAACAUAUGAUAAAAGUAUAAAGUAAAAUAUGGAGACACGUCUAAUUUGAAACUAACCAUUUAAAAAAGGCCUGCUGCAGACACAGAGUUGGAAUUUUUUCAGGAGCCUCUCCUUCUGGGUCAGACUCUGGAUCAAACUGGCACGGCUGGACCACAGCACUUCUACGAGUCAUACCUAGCACUCUAUGUAAACAUUAGCACAUGGUACUGUAGUGCAAGACACGGCCCCUCUUCCAGAGAGACAGGGAGGGGCGUGGCUUGCGCUGAAGGAGGCGUGGACAAGCGCAGCACACAGAAACAGCGCGUUCUCGGUAGAGCUCACUAGAGAGAGUUUUCAGGCUGGCUGAAGUCCAGAAAAAACAGGGUUUUUAGACAACAAACUUUAAAUUGACUGUUCUGGGACCUCUGAGACCUAUGUGAACCUGCUGAAAAGGAGUACAAUAUAGGACCUUUAAUAAGUGUCUACUAACAUCAGCACUGUUAUCGGUUCUGCUCGUCACUCUAAUUCCUUGUCAAUCCCUGUGUAUUUAUUUGCCUCAUUAGCCCAGAUAUUGGCUGGUGACGACUAUUUCAAAACGCUGUUAAUUGGCCUACUCUCUUGUAACUCUGUUAAAGCCUAUCGGAAGAUUUUGAGUUGUGGCCAGCAGAAUAGUUUGUUUGCUCUCUCACACUCUCACAUGCAUCACCCCCGGGAAAUGUCAGGACAUUUUCAGGAGUGCAGAGCAUGUGCAAAAGGGCAGAGUUUGAAACCGGCUGAGUGCGCGGUUAAGUGUUUUACUCAGCAGAUCCCCCCUCGGGUUCAAGCUUCAAAUAUAUGAAUCAUGAAUCACAGUGAGCUUGAAUCACAUUAUUGUUGUGUAAAUGAGGAUCGGAGGCUGUGUGCUCGCUCGGUGGUAGGUAGUACACACAGUCAGUCAACAGCCCUGCGUCAUUAAACUGAAAUGAGGUGUAAUUCCACUUUAACGCCCCCUGUUUUCUAUUCCAGUGGUUGCAUUAGUGAACUGACUUAGUCAGUUUUUCAUGAUUAUACUCACUCACUUAAACCUCCAACCUUUGCUCUCGCUCGUUUCGAGUUUUUUUUUCCUUCCAGCGCGCGCACACACACACACACGCACUCAUACACACACACACACAAAUAUGAACACACACAUGCCAGGCUUUUAUGGCUGGUGUUUCCUCCCUCUACACUCUUCUCACUAUUGCUAUCAGGGGAGUCAUUACAGAUCACUGCUCUCUUUAAGUGCCGAUAAAAGGGUCCGCCUCACACACGGGUCCAUUGACCUCUCCCCGCUGAUCUACUUCUACUGGAGAACGAUGUGUAGGUCUUGUGUUUGUUUCUGUGCGCUAUUGCUCGGGAAACCUCUAAAUAACCCUGCCUAGAGGGAUCACUCACCUGGAAAGAACAGCACUGUCAACUUGAUGGUGAAAAAAGCCAUCUCACCCUUUAACAUGAAGUUAUCAGGCGGCAGCACCUAAUAGUGAUAGCCACUUUUAAUUGUCUGCAGGAAAGCUUCUGCCUCUGACUAACACUUAGAAGUAAGCUGGGAGGUUGAUAAAGUAUUGAUUAAACAUCCCUCCCAUUAUCAAAGGGUCUCAAAGUGGCAUCAUUGUGUGUCCACCGAGAGUGAAAAGCAAUUUCAGGCAUCUCUUCUUCAGAAAAUAGUCCGUCCUUUAGUGGCUUUUGGUAUCACGAAAAGUUUGUCUAAUUUGCCAGGUUUGAGAUAUCCAGUGUUGGGAUUCCUUUUAAAAGAAGUAAUCUGAAAGAAAAAACUAGGUCUGUUAUCUCCGAGCAUUCAAUUCAAUUAAUUUUAACUGCCUGUUUGAAUGGCUUUUAAGCAUGCCCAGCCUAUAAAUACAAAGGCUCCCCAAAGGCCUGCAAGUGCUGUUAGAGGCUUAGCAUUCUUGUUUAGUAUCAAGUGGCUGUGCAGCCCAUUACAGGCCUAUAUUUACAGUAUAAUCUGAGUUUAUUAUCCUUGUGAGAUGGUAAUGGGAUGUCUCUUAAGUGUUUGUGCUCAGACAGAAAUCUCUAUCAGUGGGGAUGUGGUGCCUAAUGUAGCGUGGUGUUUUUGUGUUGUCCAGUCUAACCGAGAGCACCCCGCGGAUCAAAACAGAUGCAUGAGCUCACGCCCAGCAGCACAGACAAGGACAUAGUUAUUGACAUUAAUUAGUCUGCAGUCACACAGAGGCCAUCUGUGAACUUUAGGGGAACUGCACAGCAGAUUUCCUGUUAGAGUUAGAGUGAAUGUGCAGGGCGGGGAUGUGGUUUUUGGAUUUCUCCAGGAUGUUAGAUUUUCAGACCCAAAGAGGUAACCACCAAAUCGUAAAGAUGAGCAUAUUUUUGAGUGAGGUGGUUAUAAACUGUAAAGUGAAAUAAAGAGAAUUUAAGCCACAGGCUAAACUGUAAGGGUACUAAAGAUUUCUACAAUGAUCAGUAUUUGUGUUUCUUUAUUAGCAGGGUGUGUAAACAGUUUUUCUUUCUUAUCAUUUUAUUGUUUUUAUUAUUAUUAUUAUUUUGUAUUUUGUGAGACAACAGACAAUUGAAUUUCCCUUCGGGGAUUAAUAAAGUUAUUCUUAUUAUUGUUAUUCUUUUUUUUCCUUUACACCUUUCUUCCUGUCUUUUUAUAUUCUUUUCUGUCUUUCUUUCUUUCUUUCUUUCUUUCUUUCUUUACACCUUUCUUCCUGUCUUUUUGUCUUCUUUUCCUUCUGCCUCUCUUUCCUUGUUUCUUUCUUAAUGGUGAAAAGCUUUACAGAGGCAGAGGAUGUAAGAGAGGAGAUCCUUACUUUGAAAACCAAAAACAUAACAUUGAAAAAUAAUUAAGCAAACAUAACUGAUUAAUAGUAAGAACAUAUUGAUAUCUGUAAAAAGAAUGAUACAUUUGACGUCUUUAAAAUAGAUGAAGACCGUUCUGUCCAUAGGGGCGCCAAAAGUGACACAAACCACAAGUUCUUGGCAGGAGUUUUCAAAAAAGCCGCCUGACAUUUUGCAUCAAAAACAUGAAUCAUAUUCCUAACUCUAAGUUCAUUUUUUAGUGGUUUUCAGCAGAUGUUGGUGAAAGUGAACCUGUUUGGAAAGUAUUCCUGAUUUUUUUAUCGGAUGCCAGUUACAAUCGAGUGUAAUAUAAUAGUAACGUGCUGUUAAAGAGGGCAUAACUGAUGGAUAGCAGUGUCUUAUUUUUCACCUAGUUUCCUCCUAACAGAGACAUAUAAAGCUGGUCUUUGCAGUGUUACUCAAGCUGCUGUCAGGACAGGAGAGACUUCAAAGUGUGAAGGGACAGCCUCCUUACUGUUAUCUUCCAGGCAUGGUUCCUCCCACUCAGCCUAUCAUGUAUUGCCAAAGAUAUCAGACAGCGUAUCUAUAUUGUCUGCUGCCUGGACAACCGCAGGUAAACACAUAGUACUUGGCAGGCGACUGUUUGUAUCCCUAACUGUUGGCAGUUUCUUGGCACAGGGGAGUGAUCAUUCCGGUCCUCUGAACAUGACAUUGACUGGGACAGUUGUUGACAAUACUGAGUCUACGCCUUGAUGGGAGAAGCUCUGGGAGCACUGGGGAAGAUGGGAAACAUUGACGACUGAGAGAGAGAGUGAAAAAAAACAUAAAAUGAUGGGUCAAAAGAUUGUAGUAGGGGGAACUAUCUCGACUUGAGGUUUUGUACUGUAUGUGUUUCAGCAGUUUAGGAACUAGGCUUUUGGAGACAGCCUCAAGUGGACACCUGGGGUACUACAGCUUUUAUGUUAUUUUGCUUUUGCUGCAUAUUUGUAGCUUCGGAGGGUUUCUGGUUGGACUCUCAACUUCUAAUGUACCAUUGACAUAAACGGCUCAAUUUACGUGCCUCGCCGGAGACGUGGUGCAGGCGAGGCUUGAGUCAGGUCCGGAACCACCUGUGCGUAAAUGACACAUCUCGCUCCGUGGCCUGGCUGUUUCUUUCAUAGAUGUUGGCAUAUAAAAUAAAUUUGGCCCACAAAACUGGAUAUUAUAAUAUUCGUAUGUAGGCUUAAAGUAAAUUACUCAUCUGAUCACUGAAACAAAUCAUCUGUUCAGCCGCUGCAGGACGGAGAGAGGACACGGAGACAUGUCCAGGUUGAGCUGCGUGGAAAUAACAGGAAGAGUAAGAAAGAAAAGGAGGGAGACGAAUUACAUAUCUUGUUAACUUCAUCAUGUGUGUUUAUUUACUAGAUAUUAAAUUUAAUUUAAUGCGGUUUCAGCUGUGUUGGUUUGGUCAGGUUGAGUGUCCAAACGCGUGCCAAACGCGCUCAUCAGAUCGGAUAUAGAUCAGAAUAUAUCUAUGUAGAUCUAAAUGUAUGUGCUGACUCAGAGUAAUAGUUGUUGAUGAUUAUUUUUUGCACUGAAAUGUGCCUGACACUGUGGAAACCUGCCGGUGAGGCAUGGGUGACGUAUGCCGCUACGCCGUCGGUCUACCAAAAUACCACUAGACCAGCUGCCCUCUGCCUGCGCUGGAAGCUGGCCAGGUUUGAAUCGGCGAGCUUUCAGUGCACUUUACACGCCGGCGGCGAGCACGAAAAUGUCACUGCGCCAGCUGAUUCUGUUGACACUUCCCCCUGCCACGCCCAGCUUGGCGGACCACGGUGUGCCUCAGUCCACGAAAAUACCAAACUGGCAGUGCGCCGUGCUCCGCCAGAUGAAAAUACCACUGCGCGGGGUCCGCCACCCUCCGCCGCGUCGCCACUGGACACGAAAAUAGAGCCCAAUAAAUAAUGAUAUGUGGUGAAACCAGAUGUCACUGAAUCUGAGAACCUGGCUGUAAUCUGUCUAUGUGGUUUCUGCAGCCAGCUUAAAGUGGACACUCUGAGAGAUGCAGUAUUUUGCACAUCUGCAAUAGUUUCAUUUCCCUAGACUGCAGUUUGGACCUAAAGACAGAGAUGUGACAUCCCCACCUCACAUCCAGAUAGCUGCAGCAGUUAGGUAGUAUUCAUGAGGAUGAGUCUGACUCUGAAUGAAUUUUCUUUUCAGCCUCCAGGACUUUUUUUGUACCCUAAAAAACCUCACUUGCAUUUCAGGUCAGGUGGUAUCUUCUCCUCAUGUCUCUCCCUCUACACGCCCCUUUCACUCCCCACUGGGGAGACCAACAUUACACUCUAAAAACCUCUGCUCUGCGAUAGGCUGUACCCUUACUUUAUAAAUCAGUUUCAUGAUCCUGUGAGGAUAACUUCCUAACUCCCACCGGCCUACCAUCGCAUCCAUAAUUCAUAGAGGAAAUAAAAACAUUUCCAAAAUACAAAAAAGGAGUUUUUCUUUUAGAAGAAACGGGGGGAAGGUUUGGGAAGUGUGUGGAUUCAGAUAUGUGGGAUAAUACCUUUAGGGGUGUAUCCUUACAAGCUCUGUAAUGAUUUUUUUCACCUCUUACGGUCAAGUAAAAUAGAAAUAUCUGAUGUGCAUCAUGUUUGCUCUUGUCUGCCUCUCCAGCAGCAUCACAGCUGCUGUACAACAGAGGAAUCCUGCAGUCUGGCUUGUAUGUGUUAAUUACUUUCUUGGAGCGUCUUUGAACUUCUCCCCUCCCGAUAAUGAGUUCCUUUAAAGAGAUGAAGUUUGACAUGACGGAACAAAGAGAGUGUGAAGGACACCGGGAACGCAGGAUACCAAAUGUUUUCUCAUCUUUUUUCUAACUCUGAUUAUUGAGAAAUUUAGGAUACUAAAUGCUGCAGCCUUCUUCAGAUGGUGUAACAUAGAUGGAUUGUUUCUGUGCCAAUUUAUAAAGAUAUUUGAUUAAAGUUCAAUUAAAACUUCUGCAUCAAUAUCAGGUUGAGUUUGAAGUGAUAAAAUCCACAGACACGUGGUUCAGGCUGUUGCUGGGGGGAAAUAUCUGUACAUACAAUGCUAGAGCACCUUGUUUGUACGCCUCCCGACCUUCCUCUGUUGCUCUGCCCAAUUUCCUGAUUCUGUUUUCCUGUCACACACCUAACUCUCCUGCUUUUUCGCACUCUGUCUGGGGUCUUGUGUUAAGUUUCUCCCAAUCUCUCUCUCUUCACUUAGCCCCCUGUUUUCUCACGUUUAAUCCCGAUCCCCCCAGAGGCAACAAUGUCCUUGUGUCACCUCGUUAAAUUGGCAACCUGCUGAAAACCUAGCCUGAGGGUGAAGGUAGCGCGAAAGAGCUGAGAAGUUCAGUCUUAACAUUUCUCCAAGGAUCUUUUACCUGCUGUUUUUUUCCACUGCUGUAAACUGAGACCUAAUCCUCAGUCCUGCAUCUAUUCUGGAGAACAGUAGUGGGGACGGCUCAUAACCAGCAGAGCCUGAUUCUCUUUCACACAGAAUGAUGGGAACUUCACCAUCCUUUGUUGGUUCGUCACAUUUCUCCAGGGGAAAUGUUUUUGGAAGCUGACGCGGUGUGUUUGAAAGCAAAAACCGUAAGCUGAUAAGAUCUUAAACACACACAAAAAAGACUCAAACCCAAAUCAAUUCACUUGAUAGUGGCAAGAUUUCACAGACAUGGUACACUGCCUCUAAAAAAACAUUGGUUUAGUUUUCAGAAACUGCAGCAGUGAGAAGGUAGCCAGAGUUUCACAGGCCUUUUGCACCGACAGUGGGACUAUGGGUUAAUAACUGGUCAGCAGCUGUGAAGAAAAAAACACAGCACUGUCAUUUCUCUUUAAUUGACCAAUUAUAGAAACCAGUUUGCCAGUUUGAGAGAUGAUUUGGUCGACAUGUUUGGAUCUUAAUAGUAGCUUAAAUUCAAAGUAGGAACAUUGGGCAUUUUCCAAAUGAGCUUCUCCUUAAAGGGAUCAUUCAGUGUUUUUUUUUUAAGUUAAAGUUACACGUCAUUGGUAAAUGUAUUUAUUGUAUUUCAUGAGAAACCACCAGUAGAAACAGGGAACUAUGUAUGCUAUGGUUGUCUGCAGUUGGGGUCAAGUCUGCCACAUAAGUACUAAGAAAUACAACAACCACCAAUACUGAGAAAUCUUUCAGCACUUUCCCCUCAGAGCGCCUGUUUGUUUUUGCACCAUUUGCAGACACAACAAAGACGCGCUCCUCUGCAUGCAGAGCACGGAUCAGCUGUUCAGGUGCUGUUUACUGUGGACACUCGUGGACUCCUUUAUUAACUGUGGUUUACAGAGAAGAAAAACAUACAAAAGGGGAGCCUUUAUGCAAACUGGAGAGCAGGAAGGAUCUUCAGGUGGUUCAGGUGUAUAUAAUGCAAGCUAAUGUCCUCCAAUUGAGAAAAAUUCAUCAGCAGCUACCCCUGGCUCUUCGGGAAUCAAAAUUUACCAGCAAAUUCAAUAGUAAGAAGCAGAGUCAGCCCCGUGUGCAGAAAUAUACCUUCUUGAAAGAGUGUUUCAGAUUUAGUAACUCUUACUUACCGUUGUUCAAACCUUGUGAUUCUCGUCCCUGAUCGAGGUCCUAAAAACCCUUGAUAACAAACCCCUUUAGUGCGGGGGAGGGUGUUCUGGUUUUGUCUCUGUUUCUGGGUGACUGGAGCCGGUGGUGACAGCUUGAGGACCAGCCAACCGGUAAAACACAGCACUUGACACACCCCCCCCUCACUGCCAACCCCUAUAAAUAAGUGAAAGUCACUCACCUUCUAUAAAUAAGGAUGUGGUUGUUCUGGACACCAGAGCAUGUCCGUUAUCUGAAGGAACUCUUUGACUCGGUAAUUAUUUGAAAUCUUAACUUAUAUUUAGGGAUGGGAAUUGAUAAGAUUUUAUCAAUAUCCUGCUUAUUGAUUCAAUUCUUUAACGAUUCCCUUAUCAAUGCCUUUCUUUGAUUAAAAAAAAAAGUACUCUAGGUUUUCACCAUUAAUUCAAAAUUUUAUUGAGUCUCUGAUAACAGAAAAAAAUGUAUGCCACCUUCAGUGAGUCUAAAAAACAAUCAAACAAAAACGCUAUUUGUACAGCAUUUCUGGCAUUCAUUGUACUUACGUUGACAAAGGACAUAUGUUAGGAUGACCAUUUUCUGAAUCCCCAAAAAGAGGACACUUCUACGCGGGGGCGGACUUGUGUGCGAAAUUUUGAGGGACCUGGAAGAAAGGAAUCGUGAAGGGAAUCGUUCAAAUAAAAUGUAAAUGAUGUCAAUGGAUUGAACCAUUUCUCGAUUCCCAUCCCGACUUAUAUUUAGACAUUCAAACUCCUUGUUUAAGGUGUCUUUAUUUUCCUGCUUGAAUUUGAUCUUAAGACCACUGUGGUUCCCUCAAGUUAAUGGUAUCUCAGGUCUAAACAGAGCCCCACUACCUGCCAGACACUCAUAUAUGCUAUGUAGUGAAAGUAUGUGACUGAAGCCCCCCUGUAAAUGUGUCUGAGAGAGUCAGUAUGUCACAACACAGGCCAUUAUCUGCCUGAAGACAGGGGGGCUGCAUUCCUGCACAAGUCUCAUAUUUCCAUCUCUUACAAUAUGUUUAGUGUGAACACUGUUUGAAAUCCUGCCCAUGUAUUCUUUAUAGGACUGUCACAGCUAGGGUCAAAGGUCAAAGCUUCAGAGGUGAAGACCUUUGCACACGCUGUACUGGCUGGUAUGCAUGAGUUACUUCCUGUCUCCCCCUGAGGGCUUUGACUUCACCGUCUUCCUCCACUCAGUACUUUCAUCAAUGAAUCAUCCAGUUCAGCUACUAUGCCUCUGAAUUUAGGGUUUUGAUGUUUGGUUUGACACACUUUAUUGAUUUAUUCAUGUAGCCGUUCACUUCUCAAAGUCUCUUUCUUCUCCAGUGUCAAACCUUCAAGUCCACUUCUGGGGAAUAUCUUUCUUUUCUUCCUCUGGGGGUUGGUUCGCGGUUGACUUUCUUUCACACCUGACGUCGUAUCUUCCCAUCGCCUUUCUUUUCAUCUGAGAAAGAAAAAAAAAAGGUUUCUAAGACCUGGGAGGGCGAGAAUCUUGGAGGUAGAUCGCCAGAAUUAUGUUGUUCUCAAGUCGGACGCUUUAGUUUUGAUUCGAUUUGCGCCUCAAUGGGAGACAGAAGCUCAUUUUUCCUUGUCACUUUGCCUAUUCAUCAAGGAAAACAAGUCUUCUCCUCUGAGACGAGCCAGUCUCUCUGUGUCAGGUGCGUUAGGUCAUUGCCGUCCCAGCAGCCACUGCAGUCCGUCUGUUCUCUUCUGCAGAACAUGCUAUCGCUGCCUGUGGGAGGCUGUCACAGAGCCUGGUUAAGCCACUUUCACACACUGUUCACCGCACACUAUUAUUUGUCCAUUACUUGUAAUUACCCAUCAUGAUGACUGAUGGAAUGUUUUCCAGCCUGAGUUGGCGAGCUGUUAGGAUUAUCCUGUUGAGGACUUUGUAUAAUUACCCGGUCAUUAAACAGGGCUCAGCGUGGUGACGACCUGAGGGGGGCGACUUGCCAUGGUCUCGGUUCUUGGGUUUUUACUGUCGGCUGGUGGAGGCAGUCUGUCGACUUCAUGGUAUGUUGAAUUCAACAGAGGGACUUUAGUAUAAGGCCGUUCAAGUCAGUGCUGCAUCCUGCCAGAGUAAUCUCAAGUCGCUGAGACUGAGACGACUGUUCCACAGUAUUUUGCCUCAGGGCUGAUUUUAUUCAAGUCCUGUUAAACAAACACAGUUGAUGGUUAAGGCUGCCUCCUGAAAGUCAAUGAUUCGAAAUGACCCACAGUCAGCUACCAUUUUGCCAGUUGACAUCGGCAAUUUUUCCUCUUAUUCACGGCAUCAUUUUUCACAGAGCGAUGCAAAAGUAACAUCACAGCAGGCUGUAAACUGAACAACCGAGUCUCAAACUGACCCUACGCCUUUUUUUUUUUUUCAUCCAAAGCUAAAAUGUCCUGCUCCUGGAAACGAUGACAAAGUGACAAAAAGCAACAAAAACAAAAUUCAAAUCAUGCUCAUGUUAGGGCUGCAUGAUUAAUCAAUUUUAAAUAGUAAACAGUUUAUUUGAUGAUGACAAAGUCAAGAAAACUAAAAUCACAAAAUCAAUUUUUUAUCUCUAUCAUGUCUCAUAGCCUGCCUCUCCAGCAGGCUAUGAGUUCCCACACACACCAAUGUAAAAAAAACACAGCAAACUAUAUAUAUAUAUAUAUAAAACCAUGGUCCAUACUCUUCUUCUAUCUGUUGUGCAAUUUCUCUACAGUUUUACAGCCCCAUUUACUGGCUUGGCAUAUGCACUACAUUUUUUUCAGUGGUUUCUUUUUGAGGGAUGAUAGAAAAACUUAUUAAAGUGAAGUUUAGUGAAGUUGUCACUGAAUAAAGAAAUAGCUAUUUCAAAUUGAAAAUCAGGUUUUCUGACAAAAAAAUCAGGAUUUUAUUUUUGGCCAAAAUCGUGCAGCCCUAGCUCGUGUUAGAAAUUUGUGUUUUUGCACACUUAAAAAAUCGCUUUAGGAACUGCAACCUGAGCUGCAGAAGAAAAAAUGCUUGAACUGAACAACCAAAGAUGAAACUCUAUGAAGGAUCCUAAGUCUUAUCUGAAUGAUGUGGGGUGAUAAUAGAUCUGGUGAUCAGACUCGGACAAGUAGCAUUGAUUUACAGGUCAGCCUGUUUGGGUUUUGUACAGGUUCUCAUCAAUCUUAAAUGGUUGCCCAAUAAUUAGGGAGCAGAGUGUGAUUACAAUAGAGCCUCAUCAGUAACUGGAGGAUGCCCUUUUCAAGUGCUUUCAUAUCAAAUUUCAACAACAGAAAGAAAUCACAGAGAAGAGACGAUCAAAGUUAAGCAGCAAGAACAAAGUAAGAGCUGUACUCUGGGUUUUUUCUGGUCAGGGUCAGUUUUUUUUUUCUUUUUUUGAAAUUCUGCUUGUGUACUUUUCCUUGUUUCUUUUGAAGGUCUAGUUUUGUGAGGUGAGUCUGAUUUGUGUUGUUAAACCCAAAGGAUGAACCUUUUUUCACAGUUGGCUCUUCAGACCUUGUCUGCUCAUGUGCCGUCUGCACUGAUUGUAGUUUGAAGUUAUUCAUUAAUUGCAAAUUUUGGCCAGUUUAUGUGCAUCACAAACAGGACGAGUCUACAAAUAAAAACCUUGCCUGGAUUGUUUUUGCUUCUCUUCCCUCUCUCCUUCUUGACCGGUUGCAUUAACGUAUAAAUAUUGUAUGACAAAGUUCAGAAGGGGAAAUGAGAUAUUGCUUGACUAUCCGGGCUUUCUGGAGGUUAGAGGUUUUCUAAUGAAGCACGCUCUGUGGAAGUUAUGAAAGUUCCACCGAGUGUUGCCAGCAGCUGAGAUUGGAGACCUCACACGGAGAUGUAAUAUGUAAUGUCUCAAUGUUUUGCUUCUUUGUUACCUCACCUUGCCAAAUUAAACAUCUGCCAUAUCCCUGUAAAAGAUUGAUGCCCUGGCUAAAGUAUGAAGGAGAUGUCUCUGUGAGGUAACCUGCUUUUCUGCUAAACAAAGAGACCAGUGUUGCCCUAAGAAAUGUGUAACUGCAUGUGGUGUACUUUUCCAAAUGGGUGGGAUCUCAUUUGCAUUGCCCUGCUGCCUGGGCCAGAGAUGUCUUUGAUAUCACGGUUCGUCUUGGGUUUUUAUUAGUUUUAUUGCAAAAAAGAAGCUCAGAUCAAAGAUGCCUGUGCUGUCAGGUUGGCUGUCUUGUUUUCUGUUUGACGGUGAUUCAUGAAAAGAACAGUGAGAUCCAAGUAAAAAGAUGGAUGCUGUCAGUACCUUUCUUUGCCGUCCUUGUUAAGUUUUGUGGAGUUUCAUCACACCUCGGGUUCCUGAUCAUUUUCUCUUGACUAAACUUUGAAUUGUUUCUCACAUUAUUCAACUUUUUUUUUUAGAUGAGUCGAAAGAUUUAUAUUUUUAGAUACUCGCUGCCUUUGAAAUGUGUUUGUUAAACCCUUAAAAUUACACGUUUCCAUUGUUGGCAGCUCAGCUCGUCAUUCCAGGUGCAUCAUUUUCAUCCUCACCCACUUACUGGGUGAAAUGGUACAUUUGAAGAGAAAGCAUUCAGCCCAUCUCAAGCAUACAGUAUAGGCGAAGGAUGGACUAAUGAAGCACCGUGGGAAACACUUUUGAGUUAUCGAUUUAUUUUUUAUCUGACCCCAGAACCUCCUCUGAAAUGUUUUUGUUGCUAAUAACAAGUGCAGUAAAGCCCUUUUCUCAUUGUUAGCAGUCUUAUAGAUUAUCUGGGCAGAAUCAGAGCUUUCAAGAGAUGCUAUAAUAUAAGUGAGAAACUUAUAUGUCACCAGAUUUGAAUGAUGUCCUUCCCUCUGUUGCUGUAAAGCUGUAUCAGGUUGGAGUACAAACACUUGACUGGAGCAUUGUGUCAUCCCCACAGACUGUAUAUAGAAUGGAUGCUGUAUGCCUCCUGGCUGGGUGAAGCCACUCCAAAAACAGCACCUUCUGGUGACGGGCUGCAGUAAAGGUCAUAAAUCCCACCUCCACAGCAAUCCCUAUGGAGCUGUGGACAAACUUUUUAGAAAUUAAUGACACAGAAUAAAAAAUUUUCUCCCCCCUGCUUGCGUUGUUGACAUGUAGUUACUGUAAGACUGGUUUGUGCUCAAGUCCUCUUUUUUUUUUCAGCUUCAUUUUUGAAAGUUAUUAGGGGUUCAUGUUUUCUAUGAUUGACACUUGGUAAAGCCUAUGGGCGUAUGAAGAUUGCGCAGCUCACCCAGGGAAUACGCUGUUUUAGCCGCAACUCUCCCACCAAAUGCGUACAACACUACUGUGCGAUGUUGGUUUCAAAAAGUGGAGAGAAUCCUGGAAAUACCGAGAGAAAUUCAACUUCAAAUUCGUAUAAUGACAGAAGGUGGAGCCAAGUUGUCCAUCGUAUACAGUCUAUGGUCCCCCUGGUCUAUGGAAGAAGUCGAACCGUCCUUUAAGGGAAACCAACUUCCUCAUCUUCUGUCUGCAGGGCACGGCUGCAAGGGAUCGCCUGUGUCCUCUGAUAAGACGUUGCUUUGAAAUCCCACUCAUGAAAGUCCUCUUUGUGGUGCAUAACUCGAUAUGAACAUUAAAUGAGUUGUAAUCAGAUUUGUUUAUUCACUUUCCUCCCAGUGGUGACUGUGCAGGCAUUUGAAGAGAAAACGGUCUGUGAACCACGGCACUAGUUGGUGUCACGGUCUGGUUCCCUUCAAAACAGGGAAGAUCGAUUACCUCUGCUCCCCCGUCCCGCCUCGGUUAACCUUGGCGGGUGGUUAAGAGAGCAAGGAUUGAUCCAGGACCAUGUUGUGUUUGUCUGCUCCCCCUCAGCAAGGACGAUUAAAUCAGAGGUCACUUUUACUAGCGCCGUUUCGUCACCGCCUGGUCUAACCCUGGUGUUGAUCUCCGAUGUAAGAGAGCAGUUUGUAGACACUUUAGUGAACUGGCGGGGUCUCUUCGUGCUUUGUUUCCUCUGUAUCUUUUCCCAGCUGUCCACUUUCCUUCCUUAUUUACUGUGUACCCUCUGCCAUCCCUCCCACCUAUCUCUCCAUCACAACUGUCUGUCUGACUGUCUGUCCGUCUGUUUUCCUCCCUCAGGUUUAUCAUUCACUCUUAUCAGCUGCUGCUGGUUCCUCCGGGCUUCCUGCACCUCAUAUCAGCCGGCCUGAUUACAUUGUAGAUUAUGUGUUACUGUCGGUGCACUAACAAACACAGUCACUGAGGUCCCAUAAUGUGUUUUUCUUUCCAGUGACUAAUACAUCCACUCAAGUAUCAAGAAUAGCUUUGACUCAUGGGGGAAUUAAGCUUUGGGAUAGAAGUGUAUCAUGGGAAUUAGAGUCAAACUGAGGACUGAUUUAAUUUUGCUUGUCAAAUUCGUCACAUGCUGAACUGCAGCGAGCUCAGGUCAAACUAACUGUGGCGAUCUCUCUGCUCAGCACCCUCACUGGGCCCACUUAAGACUUGAUAGAUUUCCCAUUAUUUCCAGACAGCCGUGAUGGAGUACCAGGUAACACAGUCUGUUCUGCUCUCUCUUUGACUUCCUGAGUGGGAACACUAACUCCGCUGUGGCACAUGAAUGGUAAGCACUCCUCUUUUCCAAGCCCCUGGAGAUGAAUGCUCCUCUUCAUGUGAAACAAUCACAAAUAUGUAAUCUGGAAAGGGCCGUGUUUCCAUCCCUCUUGUUUGGGAAUCCGGCUCUUUCAGAGAGAUUUCAGCGAUGCUUCGGCCACUUGAACCAUGGCAGAGCACCAAGGAUCGAUGCCAAGCUGUAAAACCAGGCAAUAAGUGGGUUUAUAUUUGUCGUUUAUUUGACAGGGAAUGGUCCCGCGGAAAAUAUGACCUGAGUUGAUUGUAUUUGUCUGCUGUGAGCCAACUUUACAAUCUCCUUCAUUGCUUUAGUUUUGCUUUACACAUGGGGUUCACAUAAGUGAGCUAAUUGACCAUAAGAUUACUCCAAUAUUGAGCAAAUUACCCUGUCCUAUCUGAGUAGUAGCUAAGGCAACUUCUUCUCAUAGCAUUACAGUGCUACAGUUCCCCUGUAGUGUAUUUGGCAGGGUGCCCCCCCGCUGACGGUUCCUCCACCUUGCCAACAAGAUCCCAAACCAGAAAUUGAAGUCGUAGAUUAAUAUAUAUGUUUCAUAUAUAUAUAUAAGUAUAUACAUAUAUAUAUGUAUUUAGCAAAACUGCCAAUAAAAUAUAGUUUACACAAUUUCAGACUCUAAAACUAGCAAUUGUUUCAUUACUUUUUUGGGGGGGCGAUUUUUGCCUUUUAUCGAUAGGACAGAGUGAAAUGUGGGGAGACAAAGAGAGAGGAGGGAGGACAUGCAGCACAUGGUCAGGGCUUUACUCAAACCCGCGACCGCUGUGGGGACCCAUACAUGGGGCGCACUAACCCAUUCGGCCGUUUGUGUGCCCCAGUUAAUUCAUUACUUUCAAGAAAAAAUUACCUCUCCGCUCCUCUGCGAUGAGCAGGGCUCUCCACUUACUCCUUUCUCAAUCGUACAACAUACACGCGUUGACACGCCGCACCGCAUAGUUCAGAGGCGUGGCAUGUCAGCACCACUGAUUUUGGUGUUCUGGUCUUGAGCGCUUGCCACUCAUACCCUGACAGUUUUGCGCAGGAUGGUUUUGACAACCUGGGGUUCUUGCUCCUUUCCAUAGUGUUUGCUGCCAAAAAAACAAUAAAAAAACUGUUCAUGAAGCACUGAACAUCAUCACAUGAGGUGACUUAUGUCUACAUCGUAUGUCGUCCCCCCGCCCUGCGAAAAAGAAAGAGCUAAGGGAAACACUGCAUUAAUUUUUAUUCCACCCCUCUUUUCAUUCCUGCAAGUCCUACCUUUCACUCAGAGCUAAAUUUAACAUAUUGAUUGACUGAAAUAAGUGCUUUGUUCAGUAAAAAAAAUCUGCAUUUAUUACUUUUAGUCAGGAUCCUUCUUGGUGACUCAGCUAAUCUGGCCAAGCUUGAAUUCCCAUCACAAAAAAAAAAGAUGAUGCAGGCUGCAGCAGCACUUGCCGUUGUGCCUGGGUGCGACAAAAGCUGGAAAGGGAGGGAAUGAGUAUAGUUUUUGACACGUUGUCGCGCUGUGACUCAUACGAAGAGCCGGGAGCAAACAUUUCUGUUGACUUCUUGUGGGGUUAGAUGCCACCUCAGCUUUAACGGGGGAGUCACGGUCACCUGCAGAGAUUUAACGGCAGAGAGAACAGAUAUGACAGUUUAGCUGGAAAAGGGCGUUCGUCCUCCAAGUGCAGAAAUGCAGAGUGAAAGUGCUGGACUGGCACAGUUUUCAGUUAAAGCAGAGGGGCUUAUUUUCCAGCACGUUUUAAGAAAUUGGUUGGAAUUGACUUCUGAGAUUCCACAUUUAAAGUUGGUGAAGACUGUCAAACAGUGAGUUGAAAGCUUGGCCGGAAGUGUCCUCUGGGAAGCAGGAACUAUUGCCGCUCGAAGUCUGUCACCUCUUAUUAAGAACCACAAACUAUUUUUUGGCACAAGAUCCCUAAUGGGUGCUCACACCAGUCAGCCAGAAGUAUAGCCACUGACAGGUGAAAUGAAUAACACUGCUCAUCUCCUAUUAUGGUGUCUGUCAGUGGGUGGGAAAUGGUUGGCAGUAAGUGAACAUUUUGUUCUCAAAGUUGUUGUUGGAAGCAGGAAUGAACUGGCAAGCGUAAUGAGGAUGUGAGCGACUCUGACAUGAAUCAAGGUGUGGUGGUUAAACGGCCCGGUCAGAGCACGUCCAGAGCUGCAGCCUCCAGGAUGGUUUCCUGUUUGCAGUGGUUGGUGCCAAUCUUGUAACUUCAGUAACUUUGGAAUUAACACUUCAUAGGAAAAAAAAAAAAAAAAAAAAAGACUUCCUGGCUGUAUAGUUGGAAGCCUGGAAACAUGCCAGAAAGCUUUCUCUUCUAUUUCGAAUCUGAUUUGAAUUAGAAUGGAGAGAAAAAUUAGCCUGUAAUUCUUGAGCUCAAGUAUCAAAGUCGAAACCUGAGCAUCUCAUAGACACCAAUAUGAAUAAGUCCAAAUACAUCCCUCGAACCAUCAUAACAAAAUACUAAAAUAUCAUGCACACAUUAGGUAACCCGAAGUUGGGAGUGCCCCCGGGCAUGAGGCUCAAAGAAAACCAUCUGUAUGUAGGUCUGAAGGCCCAGGUGAGCCAUCGCCUUGGGAUGCCGACCUGGACAGUACAUUCCUGGAUGCCUCCCUGGGUACCCCGGAGGGGCAGGUGAGCUGUGCAGACAGCCAGAGGGAGUUUGACCCGGCGGUCACGUUGUGUAUGGGGUACAUCUCUCAUCUUCCUGGUUGACCCCCCCCUCCCCUCUGACUUUCUCUUUGCCUGUCUGUCUUCCCCUCCCUCUCCUUUCCACCUACUAUCCAGAGAAUUACAUGAGCAAGGAAUGAAAAGCAGUAUUGUGCUCUGUUGACUGCAAGCUAUGUGCAUGUGUGUUCAGACGUGUGUUACCGUGGUAGCCUUUCCUCUACUCUGGGCUGUGCAGCUAUGCAUCCUUGGCAUGCCGCAGUGGUCAAAAGAGCAGGAACAUGUUCUUGCCAGUCAUCAUAUAUGUCAGGGUCGACAACAAGCAGCUAAAAGAGUCUGUGGAGCAAUCGGCUGCUUAUUUGGAGACAAAAGUGCCAUUGCAAUAUAUCGAUAUAUUUACAGACACUGUUUGUUCUCUGUACAAUGUUGACAGUGGGAUGUAGCCCAGUGAAACCGCAUAGCACACAACGCAUUACAUCGCAGCACUGGCUUGGCAUAAGAUUUUGGAUCUGAGCCCAGGACCUCAACAGCUUCCGCUAACAUACUCAUUAGACAGCAGUGCUUACGUGUGGCCUCUUUCUGCGCAGCACGCAAGCAGAGGCACAAUUGUUAUUGUUCAGUGAGAGAGCAGACAUAUUUCAUCAUGCAGUAACUUGAGAAACGAGAAGUACGAAAUGUUUCCUGACCACAGGAAGAAAACCAGAGGGAAACUUUGUUUACACUGCCUGUAGUGAGCAGCUGACAGGUUUCUUGGCAUAAAAUGUCAAAGAGGAUUGGACUCCUCAUCAACUUUGGUGUGAUGAGAAUAUGAAAAAGGGCUGUUUCAUGUAGAGGCUGUUAUGGUUAGGCCACUCAUGGUUAAAAAAACAAUCAGCUUUUAAGGAGAUUGUUCGUCGGAUACGAGACGUUAUGAGGCCAAACAUUUUCAUUUCCUUGAAGAUGAUUUGAAAUGAGACUUUCUUGUGAUUUCUGUAGAAAAGAUCUCAACAGUCUAUCAGUAGAUUUAGAUUCUGCCUGCAACACUGCAACAAAUCUCUGCUGUCACUCCGCCUUCGUGCUUUAAUAUCGAACCACACAAUAGAAAUGGUUUUUCACAGCAUUUUUCACAGAUUUUUUUAUGCUGUUGCAGAAGCAGGAGAGGCUCAACAUAAAGAGGCUGCGCAAGCUUUUCAUACCAACACAUAAAGCAGUUUUUCUUCUGAGUUUUCAUGGCUCAGGACUAGAGCGACUUUACCUCAUUUGCGACAUUUACAUUGACUGUGAGAAGUAACAGUCCUUCUUGAACUGACUGUGCAAAAAAGGGGCUUAAACAGGUCACAAUAUGUAGUCACCAAAGAGAUAUGAUACUUCAGAAAACCUCUUGGGUACUUGUAGCCAAGCAGGAGAUGCAUCUAGUUGUUAUUCCUCAGCUCUAAACUUUAGACUGAUGUUUGCUGCAGAUUCAGUCGGCCUGUCCACAUAUUCAAAUGUCAGCAGUGAUUGCUGAGCCAAAGCUUGAAGGCCAAACUCUGCCCUUUUCUCACACAACUCCAACAGAGUACAAUCUGAUAAAAUCCUACACUCAUUCAACUGCUGCCGUGUGUGCGGUUCAGGUUGUCUUUACUGUCUGUCAACCUUUGUCUGUGUGUCUAUAAGCCUCCGUACACCUCAACCAACUCUCGGUGUCGACCUCCAUCAGCGUCAGCACGUAUACACGAGAGAGCAGGCUGAGGUCCACAUCACGUGCAUGUUUCUUGAUCUGUAACCUUGGUCACCCACCAUGUUUCUUGACAGUGGUGUGACUUCAGACAGGAAAAAGGGACAAUCUUAGCACAUUAUGUGGCUACCAGCUGUGAGUUACUUAGAAAGAGGGGAGCAUGACAAUGAAAGAGAGAGUCAUCGGUAAAAUUACUCACCAAAUCUACUGAAAUUCACCCAGUGUGUUUACAUCUUCAAAAAGUCAACCAAUUGAGUUAGUCCGACUGAAACUGGACUUUGAAAUCGCACUGACUUUCCAUAGUCAGACUAAAAUACCUUGAUAAUAAAGUUAGUGAUCAAUUUUUUUCCUCCAUGUAUUUGCCUCCAACUGUCUAAAACUGCUCUUAGCCUUCUGUGCAUGCUCCAUAAUUUGCAUGUUAGGUUUUAACCUCGAGGGUGAAGAGCAAACUCAGAACUUCAUUUUACUGUGUCAAUUUAGGGAGGAAAAAUUAGCCGGUAAAUAAACUAAAACAUCUAUUAAACUUUAAAAAAAAGUCAAAUAUUGAUAUCCUGCUAAAAUUAGGUUUAUAGUUAUACCACAACUUCAUAGUAGUGGUCCAAGGCUGGUUGCCAUGUGUCAUAACACAGAUAGGAGACAAAGAAGCAGCAGCUGUUAGUGACAUUUAACACUUUUAGAAAGCUGACCGUCAAACUUUUAUCAUGAAUCGUGAAAAAAAAAUGUUUAAGCUUGUGUCUCUUUGAGGUACUAACCAAUCAAACAUUUAGACUUUCUGAUAGUUAGUCCAACUUUUUCAUUUAGCUCUGUAACUUAUAAUCUACCAGAAGAUAUUUACUUCAAAAUAAAAGGGUAGUUUACGAUGCAGGAAAGAAAUCUGUGUAUAAUUCAGGUUCACUAAAUCUGAACUUGUGGCAGCCCAACUGUAAACAUAAUAUCUGUAUCUUAUUAGGUUCACAUACUGUAUCUCCAACUUUUCUUGAAAAGAUUUACAAGCUGAGCGUUUGUGUGGAGUUGUGUUCUAAAAAUGGACCAAACCAAUAUUCAAUAUUCAGCCUCAUCCCACAUCUGCAUUUGGUUGUUUCUGACUCUUGCUGCUAAAUACUCCACUUUUGUCUCCAGCCAAUUUUUUCUCUUGGCACAAAUAAUCAAUUAUUCAUGUGAUGAUGCAAAGAUGACUAAAAUAGUCAUCUUAAUUUAGCUUCAUGUAAAGAUCAGUAAUCACAUCACAUACAGCCUCAUAUGCUCACCCUUUGGAUAAAAAUACACAAUAGGGCUAACACGUUUGUUGGCUACACAAAGUGUCUCUUUGCUCUCCAUGUGCCUGCGCUCCUCUAUCACCUCCUCUGCAGCCUUUUUCUCCACCCUUCGCUUCUCUCUUUGGCAAUCAGCUGGUAUUAUCCCUGUCAUCUUGUGCUGGUAUAGGCACACACUGAUCCUUUCUCUGGAAUUAUCUUUCAUGCUGGAUAAAACCAUCUGUGUUCAAUCACCCUAAAGGGCCACAGAUACCUCUGCCAAAUCACUGCACUCUAUCUUUAUCUCAGGAAAGUUUCAGCCGGUGGAUGUGAGUGCGCACCCAAAAAAGAGAUAAAGACAAAAGUUGGCUUUACUAGUUGGAUGCUGCCUUGAAAUGGGGUUCAAAGCAGGCCCGUGCAUGAAGAGAGAAACCUGGGGAGUGUUGAUAAGACUGGUCAAAUUUGCAGAGACCAUAGUGAUAUAUGGAUCCUUUCCUUCUUAAACAUUACCGGUGUCUGCAGCUUGUUGACUCCCUGAAAUAGAAAAUCAUCACAAGUGCUGCUGGGGUUAAAGAAGCACAAAGUCUUCAUAAACUACAUUUUCAACCUUUUCCCUUCUUGCCUAGCCAUGCUUGCUUUGUCUGUGGAGUUACAACCAAUUACCUUAUAUCUGCAUACCCGUUCUUCUUGAUCAAACGAAUAUGUCUACUUUUGACUUUUCAUUACUCUCUAUCCAAAGAUGGGUUUAGACCUGGAGUACAGUUUCUAAAGUCUGUGUCCAUAGUGGUGGUUGGUAUGUAUUGCUCCCUAAAUUGAGCUUGGGAGGACCUCGCAGACAGCUACAGCCCCUGCUGAAUGUGACACCUGUGCUCAACACCUUUAGUCAGUUGGUUUGCAAUAAACUUGGAACAUCACACUCAUAUCUAAGCUACAUGAGACUGUUUGACGUCUAUUUCUGCCUGACAUUCUGAGAAAGUGUGUUGGAGUACAUUCUCAACAAUCAAUGAAAAAACUUAAUUAAUUAUUGACAUCCCUAAUUUUGAUGUUUGACUCAUGUUCCUAGCUUGGGUUGGGAAAAAUUUGACCUUUGCUGCAGCCAGCAUUUAAGAGAACUCUGUAAACUAGGGCUGUAAUCAACCAAAGAAAUUCUUGGUCGACUAAAACCCUGAAAUUUUCAACCAAAAUUUGACUAAUAGGGAGGGGGCAAUUACUAAUGCGGCCCGGUGGAGCGUGGCUCGGCGGGGUGAAAAUAUACUGAUAUCAGCGCAAAAAGGCAAAUUUAACACAACCUAAUCCACCAUAAAAUUCUGCCACACUGUUGAUGUCUUUGACAUGAAUGGUAGAGGAAGACUCACAUGAAAGUUGAAAUGCUCAAAAAAUAAUCAUUCAGCAAACCACCAGAUGUUGAUUAACGUUCUGGACGCUCUUCAAUCUUCCUGUCUCCAGCCGGUCUCCAGGGUUGGGCGAAUCCAAAAUGGCGAAAACAAGGCGGUGUCCUGAGACAGGCUGUUACCUGUGAAACGGGGGUGCUCUGAAAACACUCCCAUUAGCACUUGGUACGUUCCCUCUGAUGAAACUAACCAUAGACUGUAAAUUGAAGUGGAAAAAAAUCAAGUCGACCAAUCAGAAUUUUGGUUGACUCAGCACGUAUUGACCAAUAAGUCGACCAGUUGGACCUUACAGCCCCACUCUAAACUUUGGCCUCACUUUUAGAGCUGCUUGAUUGUCCAUUUUUUCAUUACAGUCAUAUAUUGUUUGAGAGCAUGGUGCACGUACACAGUGCUUUCUUCCUCUAUUGAACAGGAUUCAGGCUAUCUGUAGUAAGACCUCAGUACAUUGCGAUGACCAAGUUUACUGGAUCCCCAGACUCGCCUGGUCUAAGGUUUUGAAAAGAUGUGGUAAGGGCAAGAUGCUGAACUUUUUUAUCAGUCACUUGUUCGGUACAUACUUUCUCUGCCUGUUGGUGGUAGCUCGAUCCCGGCUCUGAGUGUGUGUAUUGUCUUUGCAGGUACGUUGUGUGUCUCAUUCCUAAAGAAUGCAUGACCAGUCAAGACAACAUAUGGAUGUAGUUGAGCUCAGCCUUUAUGCUGAAUUAAACUGCUGCCUUGUGGUUCCAAUUUAACAAGUUAAACCAGAGAAAUGUCUCUCUGCUCUCUGACCCUGUGACUCUCUGUCUUUUUCUCUGCGGGCAGCUUUACAUUUGCAAGAUUUGGGCAUCACUCAUUGUUGCUGGACAGUAGUGUAUAUUUGGCAACAGGCCCAGCAAGUUUUACUCAGUUUUUGUUCAGUUCAGGCUGACAGGAGUCGUAGCCUGCGUCCAGAAAACAUUUCAUUUUCUUUUGGACCAAUUUGUUAAAUAGUGUGUGCUUUGUCAACUUCAAUUUCAGCCCCUCAAGACAAACCUAGUCCACCAGACUUAAGAAAGAGAAAGAAAGGUCAUGCGUUAUUCUGAUUCAUGAGUGUUCACAGUGUGAGAGUAUAAUAAUGUAUUAGCUGCUAGCUACUCUUGUCUCUUCCUGCAGUUUUCUGCUUUUUACAGUAUACCCCAAAGGAUGCUGCUUAAAAAUCACAAGCUGCUAGUGUUGUAUCUCACUGUACUCUACCGCAGCAGUGUGGCUCUGGAGACAGGCUUGAAUCACGACACAGAGAAAACUGCUUGAGGAGAAAUGGAUGAAGGUGAGGAGGGGGGCUUUGAUAAAGGAAAGAGUGAUGCUAGUGAGGAAGGAACAAGACAGGAGUAAGUCUCACUUCCUUCACCUCUCCUUCUCUGUCUGUAUCCUCUCUCCUCCUAACCCCCUUGUCUUGUCUUUUUCAUCUUCUCAUAUCGCUACUGCAGUCUGGCUUUGGACCAGCGCGGCAUUGAAACCCCCGUCUGCUCGCGGCCAAUUUGGAGGGAAUUUGCUCGCCCAUUAAAGUGCAUGUUCACUCUGACUUUCAUCCCCUUUUUUCUUUGUUUUUUUCCUCCUCUCUGUGUCCCCAGUGAACAGGCAGCCAUGUCUGUCCUUGCACCAAUAAAGAGCAGAGAAAGAACAGAAACUCACAGUUCAGAUUCUUGUCUGUACACCUACAGGAGAAGACAAACAUCCAGCGUAGCCCCUUUGGGUGCAGCUCUCCCUGCAACAAUGAUCCCUUUGUGCUGUAAUGGACUAAAAUGAGACCUGGAAGUGGUCUUUUUCCUGCUUAUUUUAACAGAGUGGGUCAUGAUAUGCUGCUGCAGAGGUUGUGUUAUCAGACGACAGAAACAAACCAAGUUUGUUAUAUAGGAGCCAGGAAAACUCUUCUACUGUCAUGAAAUUUACAAACCUCUGUUUAGUUCCUGCAGUGUUGUCUCUGAAGAAGGAUUGAUGGCCUUGUUUUACACCCCCUCAUUUACACAUUGGAUAUCUUUGACAUUUUACGCCUCAAUCUGUUGUUAUUGCUCUGCUAGAUCUGUGUUUUUAGUCUGAACUUUCAUUCAUGUUUUGGCUCCAGGCAUAAAAAAAAAAUAUCUGUGCUUCAGCAGUUUGAGUAAGGCUGAGAAGAAACAGAAAUAUAAACUAGACAAGUAAGCAAGGCAGUAACAAGCAGGCAGUUGCUGUGAUGAAUGGUCGCAAUGUGGGUUUAAUAAAAACCCUGCUGGGCGCUAAGAUGAGGUGUUCAAAAUCACUUUUAUCUCGCUGCUUUCGCUUGCGAGGGUUUUCUUGCACUCAAAUUCGCCAUCUGAAAAGGGCUAAAUUGAUCUGUCCUCGGUAAACUGGAUUUUCUUUGCACAAACACGACCACUCCACGCAUUGUUAACAACUGCACAAUCCAAGUUUCAGAGCGGAGGACAAUGAAAAACUAUCAGGGAGAAAGAAUGACUCAGAUAAGUCUAAACUUUCUCCCAGCACAGUCAGCCUUUCACUAAAACUCUGUCAGUAUCCAUGGGAGGCAGCCACAAAUGUUUCCAGCUUUUGUUUCCUUAGAUUUAUACCCAGACGCUGUAACCUUGAGAUGUUAGUGUAGAUUUCCUGCUAACCAAUAGGAGGGCUUUAUUCAGUGUACUGUGGAGCUGUGAGUGAGCUGCUGCCGUCAUUUUUAUGGCCUUGUAAUUGUUCUCCUAAUUACGAACAACAAAAGGGAUGAGAGGUGAAGAGCUGGGCGUUAACAGGUUGUGUACCGGGACAGAGAGUUACAAGAAUGAGAUGGACGGGCUUAUGCUGUGUUAAUGACAGAGAGUCACAGAAAGAUUAUACACAGCUGUUUUUGUAGGAGCAGCAAAAACCAUUCAAGUCCCAGAAUAUGCCCAUCAUAAUUAUGUAUAAUAAUAAUUACAGACUUGAUUUGUAGAGAAGUUUUGCAGCUCAGAGUACUUUACAACAAGGAAAAUUAAUAAAUGUUUUUGAACACAUUAGGCCGUUUAACACUUAAUCAAGGACAGUUAAAGAUAUAAUGGAAAUACAACCAAACUAAUAUGAGUAAUAAGAUAAAAUACGUAAAAACACAUACAACAUAUCAAUGUUUAUUUAUAAAAAGGCAAUUUACAACAAAACUGGUCUCGACACUGUUUACGAAGACCCGAUGUAAAGAUGGGAUCAGAUUAAUCUAGGGUUGGGCAAUAAACCAAAAAUUGACCGGUACUGAAAUUUAUGACAAUAACAGACGUCAUUUUGCCCAUAUGAGUAUAGUCAGAGUAGAAAAAAUAAAAGUUGGUUUUGGAUGUGUGUAGGUAGGCUAUGGUCUCAUGUCCCUUUAAGACGCUGUCCUACAUUGGAGACAUGAUUCCACCUCAUCCAGUCCGUAACAAAGAGGGAAAGACAGGUGAGGAGAUGGAGGACGGUUCAAAAGUUGUAGCGGCUGGAGUAGACGAACUUAAUGUGGGAGGGGGUGAGCAGCGUGUGGAGUUGUCCAUUUAUCGUUAUCAAGGUGAACUGCUCAAUAUAUCGUGAUAUUGAUUUGUUGCCAUAUUGCCCAGCCCUAGAUUAAGCCCCACUUUGCAGCAUUUAGCAAGUUCUGGUGAAGAGGAAAAACUUCCUUUAACAGGCAGAAACCGCAAGCAGACCAGGCAGUUAUCUGCUGUGACUGCAUUGGGAUUAGAGGGGGAUACACAAAGAGGGAGAUUGAAAGAGGUGAGACUGAUGCACGUUGUGGAAGCAGCUCAAAAGCAGCAACAAUGACUGCAGAGGGACCUACAGCAUGAAGGAGAUCACAAAAGCUUCACAUUAAGAUAGGAUUGAUCUGAACCAACAAAGAGCAGGUGGAGAUGUUCCCUGUUUCUGAGUCCUUUAAAUUGAAGGAAAUUUAAACUCGUCUAAAUGUAAGAAAACACUCAGAAACAGUUCAAAUUGAGCAAGACCUGUUUAAUACAUCUAAACAUGGGGUAAGCAGAGUCUGCAGUAAAUCGUGUCAAAUGUUUUACCAAGUGUGGCUAACAUUAGCAGAGCUAGCACCCCCAGCCUCUGGCUCCUGUGAAGGUAUAAUAACCACAUGCCUGUUCUGGUGCCACAUUGCCUCCACGCUGUUCUGACUCCCUGUUAUCUGGAUCAUAUUACUGCCAAACUGCAUCCUGCAAAGAGAUUUCAUCCAUCAUCUCCAGCAGGGAAACAAAACAGCCCAGGGAGGAGUUGGAUUUUGCUGGUGGUGGAAAUGUUCGGUUAGUCUUGUCAAUAAACAGAUCAGCUGGCGGUCUGACUUUGCACUAAAAGCAACAUUUGUGCUUAUUUCACAGAUUCCUUAUCGUGUAAAUCCUUUGGUGGGGUUUGGAGGCUUUGGGCCGGAUGCAGGCUAGUUGGCAGGGCUCAUUGGCAUUCAGACUCUGCUGGAGUGCAGCAGAGCACAGCACAGCGGCAUAGAGUGGAGAGGAGGGUGUGUGAAACAGAGAUGAAGAAUGCUAUGAGAAGAGAGAUUACCAAAUUAGUUUACCGCAGUGAAAUUAGCAGUGCUCUCCUAACCUUUGCAGUUGAAGACAGCUGUAAUGACGGAGCAGCUGUUUGUAAGGAAGGAAGCUGAAUAUUAGAUUUCAAUAUGUUUUUGGUGGAGAUGGAAACGUGUCUAUAGAACUCAGUCCAAAUCUGUAACAGCUGGCACUCAGUGUCAGGACAUUAGUUAACUUUCUAACUUUAUUUGUGUAUCAGCCAUUUACUGACUUUCAUUAAUGACAAUAACAGGCAAAGAUUUUCAACAUUACUCAAAAAUGUAGGAUUCAUUUUAAAACCAACCUACUGUUUUCUGUACAUACACAUAUUAACCGAGCUCAAAACCCAAAGCUGCAGCCGCAAAAAUAAUAUCUAAGGAACAAAAGAGUAUGUAAGGAGAUGAAAUUAGUUGCUAAAGAUAAGAGAUGCACAAUAUUGAUUUUUUUUGAACAGAUAACCGAAAAUAACCUUCUGAUACAUCAGGAUAGCUGAUAUUUAUUCAUGCAGUUUAUGCAUAGCUCAGGGUGAGAAAAGCGAAGGUCAAGUGAGCAAAAACUGCAUAUAAAUGAAUGUUCCUGAGUGGAAUCAGUUUUGCUUACAGACAUAAAGAAAGAACAGUUUCAAUGUGGUCUGUGCAUGCAAUAGUGUCUUUUUCAUGUUUAGUUCUUCAUACAGACACUUGGCCAUCAAACUGAACAUAAAACUUAUUUACCACAGUUGUUAUGGAUUGACAGUUGUUAUAAGCUGUUGUUAUGGACUGUGCUAUGUCCUAGGGGUUUCCCAAUAAGGGUACCCUACAAUUCGAUUUGAUUUUAAAUAUGUGAGCUUCGAGUCCCUAUUUAUAGUGAUUGUCAAUUUGAUUCGACUAUGGGUACCACGAUUCUUCGAUUAUUGCCAUUUUUUACUGCUUUUUUUCCAUCCUAGAUUGAUUUUGUCUUCAUCUGUGGCUACAUUUGUAAUAAAUAGCCCAUCAAUUAACUCAGUUCCUCUAAAACUACACUUUGUAAGUAAAUAAGGUUUUUCUAACAUUUGACUUUAUUUAUCAAAGAUACAAAAUAUUUCAUUUUAUGACUGUAUGACUGUUAUGUAAACAUUUUCACUUAACUUUAACUGGGAAGUUUGGAGACAGUCUCCAGGAUGGUCCUCUGUGUGGCAGGUACGACCGGAGGAGCCUUCUCUGUUUCAGGAUGAAAGUGUAGAAGGUGCAGCCUCAUGUUUUUGGUGUUGCUGAGGUACUUCAUUUUUGCUCUGCAAAUCUUGUAAAUCAGAUAGGUCAUGUCAGUCGUCUUGUUUGCUCAUAAAAUCCAAAGGACUUCCACACAGUUGCAGAAACUAACGUGCUCUGCUUGUUGUGGUCCCACUCACUAAACAGUCUGGGCAGCAUGUGCGGUAAGGUUCCGGUUAAGUGUUUUUUGUUCUGGCCUUUUUGCAAAGCGUUGACAUCAUUAUCUAUUUAUUUAUGUAAAGCACCAAUGUUAAUUGAUCAAUGCCGAAUCGUCACGUGAAGCAUCACAGUGCAUCGACACAUCAAUGAAUUGCACCAACCUCUAAUAUGUCCCAUGGUAAUGGGUCACAUGCUGAAUUCCGUUUGAGUUUAAAUUUUUUGUCACAAUUUUCUAAUUUUCACCCACAAGUGCACAAAAAGAAAUUCCAGCCAUUAUACACGCUGACUUAAAGAAGACUUUUAUUACAAGCAGCCAGCAGAUAAAGAAAAUGUGGGAUUAGGUUUGUCAAUUUAUGAAAACGAGUCGUACAUUUUAACUUAUUUAAGGGGGAUUAUCAUUUUCUAUCGCAGGCUGAAAAAAUGAAAUAAAGUCCGGCUAAAUAAAGAACAAAGAAGUUGGUAUAAAAUUUGUCCAGAACACGAGUUCCUUUUGCACACAUGAACACGGCGGCCUCUCAUCAGCGAUGGAGCUGUAUCAAUAUUAUUCUCUCCACUCCACUCUGUUCCUGUUUGCACGGCCCAGUAAAUGUACCCACCUAGAAAUCCCUAAUGGAGGAAAUCCCAGGCAGAGUGUACUCUCUCUUCUCUCUCCCGCUCUCUUUUUUUGUUAUUUACACACAGACUUUUUCCACUCUGUGUGUGUUUGUUUUUCACACACACACUAUGUUAAACUUGUUAAACUUACUUCAUCUGCUGCAGCGUGGAGGGAGCUUUUUCACACAGGAAGAUCUGCUGGCCCUCUUUCGUUUCUCCACGUCUGAUUCUCAAUCUCUUUCAGACACUUUCUCCUCCUCUGCUCGCUCCUUUUCUAAGCCUUAGCUCUCCAUUAAAGGUGUUUGUGUUUGUUUACCUGCUCGAGUUCCUCUCUCAUGCACUUGCCCCCUUUAAACACAGGUUUGUGGAUCAGUGCCAGUGUUGAUGAGUGUCCCUGUUUGCUGCAGGCGCUUCAGGAAAACAAUUAGGUCUUUCCCUGAAUUUAGGCAAGUGUAGAAAUGGCACAAAAAGUCCUCUGACAAAUUCUUCAGUGGCCUUAACUUUUAGCAUUUGUCAGGCCCGUUGUGUAAGAUUAACGGUACAAGACUAGAAAACAAGCGUACUUUGUGACGUAGGACUGAAUCAUGUGUCAUGAUGUCCUGAUUCCCCGUGUGAGACCGCGUAAUGUCCAGCCACUUUUUUUCCCUCUCUCCACGGAGUAGCCUACCCUGCGUGGAUGAGUCAGAGAAAAACACAGCGUUCCCGGGAGAGGAAGCUUUAAUACUGAGAUAAAAGAUGAUGCAUAUGGUGAGUGAACAAAAGGAGUGCUGUAUGAGCACUCUGUGGGCCAGGAUCAUGCUGCUGAAUAAUAGUUGUAGAGGAAAAACAACUGAUGAAGAGCUAAAAAAAGGUCUUUUAAACACGCAGGAAACCUUCAGACAGCGAGGUGGAGGCUUUACUCUUGCAAACGACAAAUUUUUGAAGAGUUUCUUGAAAAGGUGGAAUCUUAACAGGUUUUAGUUAGAAGUCUGAGAAAUAUAGAUGAAGUUUGAUUGAUGUGAGCUGGAGAAGCAGAAUAAAGUGAUGAGUAUUACAAAUCUAUAGGGUACCUUUCAACAAAAAACACAGGCUUUCCACGGUGCUGCUAAACACAGGCAAAAGCAGCCGAGAGAACUUUGAAACUGUGGUAUUGAUGUAACUGUCAGUGCAGAUGAUGAAUGAUGUACAGGGUGGAUGUAGGUCAGGUCUCACAGGGCAGCAGAGCUAGAGGUUCUCCUGACUCAGAAAGGAUUUGGUGUUGUGGCAUUCGAACGGUUCGUAACGGUUCAGGAGUCGUCCUUAUGUGUGAUUAAUCAUGAGCUUGCAGGAACCCUCUCACUCACUGAAGCACUUCAGUUUUAUAAAUCAGUAAUUAUGCCGACUUUUUUGAUGGUUGUUGUUAGGGCUGUAUAGUCCUAGUCCACUGGCCGACUUAUUGGUCGCUAUGUGCUGAGUUGAUCAAAAUUCUGAUUGACAGUCUAUGGUUAAUUUUAUCAGGAGGAAUGUACCAAGUGUUAGUGGGGGUGUUUUCAGAGGACCCCUGUUUCACAGGUCACAGCCUGUCUCAGAACACCCCCCUUGUUUUUCCCAUUUUGGAUUUGCCCAACCCACUGGAGUAGAGAUGCACCGAUCCAUUUUUUUUUAUCCAAUCUGAUACCGAUACCUGGGCUGAGCGUGUUUGCUGAUAUCCAAUACUGAUCCAAUACUACUGUUGAAUGAAUGAACUGUAUACCUUGCCCUGUGAGUGAAGGCAUCAGGCUUGACAUUAACCUUCUUAAAAAAAGGUAACAAAUUAAUUAAUCUUACCUCUUUUUGUGAAUGUUUGGAAUGGCUUCUGGCUGUCUAAUAGAUAUUUUUAGCUUUCUUUUAUUGUGCUGGGACGUUAUUGUGGAAACAGAUGAAAGGCACUGCUGACACAGAACAGGUGUUUUGGUCGAUAUCAUCCUUCUUGUAACCGAAAUAAUUCCUAAACUGACUUUUCUUUUUGGGAACAAGUAGUCAUUUUCUGUGGUUUUCUCUUGUUCGUUUCUCAUUUUGCAAUCGUUGUUGUUGUUACCGGUGUUGGGCCGCGAAAUGCAUGCCCGCCGAGGAUUGCAUGCACCUUGCAGAAACACGCACCGCUAAUAAUAGAGUGGUCCACAGAAAUGAACAAUUUAAAACUCAUACACUUCUUAUUUUUGGGGCUACACAGUAAUGAGUAAUGUUCUGAAAGUAAUUCCUGGCACAACCCCAGCAGUGCCAGCUACUCACUCCAUGUGCAGGGGCGUGGUUUCCUCCUCUCUGAUUUUGAUUGACGGCUGGUGUCUGAGUAAAGAAGAAUGUGAUUGGGAGAUCCCUGCACAGCACAUGCAGAGUCACAUGCUGUGUAUCUCAGUCAGCUACCCUUGAAAUUAGAUGAGUUCAUUCACCUCCUAUAUCUCAAGCUCUGCAAUGUGACUGUUGUGCACACAAUGAUGCUCAAACUAUAUAUAGUGCAGCCCUGAUUUAGUGCAAAAGGAUAGUCAACAGAAUCGCUGUGUUGCUGUGUAUGAUAUGAAUUUAAAGAAAGAAAAAAAGGGUUUGGAUUGCUGGAUUGGCGUCAUUCAUCAGAUAUUCGAUCCACUUGAUUUGUCAAUAUGGGAGCCGAUAUCCGAUCCAAAUAUAGGAUCGGUGCAUCCCUAGAGACUGGUUGAAGACAGGAAGAUUGAAGAGCGUCCACGUUAAUCAAUGUCCGGUGGUUUGUUUAAUAUAAUAUCUGUGUUUAAUUGCCUUCUUGUAAUGAUAUCAGUAUAUUUUCAGCCACGCUCCGCCAAGCCACAGAUGGGUUUGCCGUCAGAGUCGGGAUUAAUUGAUCACUUGAUAAGUUGAUUUUUGGUUAAAAAUGUCAGGGUUUUAGUCAACCAAGAAUUUCUUUGGUUGAUUACAGCCCCUAGUUAUUAUAAGGUUAGCGCUCAUACAUGCACGUGAUCACGUCUUCCUCAAUCUCUCUUUGUGCUCGUUCUGUCCCUGGGCUUUUCAGACACUCAUGAAAACACACACCUGCCUCCUCCUGCUCCUCUUCCUGCUCUCCUCUAUCCUCCUGCUCCUCUCCCUGCUCUCCUCUAUCCUCCUGCUCCUCUCCCUGCUCUCCUCAGGUAGUUGCUCUGAUCAAUUGUUCAACAUAAAGUUAGAACUCAGAUAAGAAAUCCAUGAACAGCAUGUUUGAGCACAGUCUCGUGAAUCUUUGAGUAGUGUAUCUUUGUUUUUCUACCUGUGAGGCGCCUCUAGGAAUCCUGUCAACUGUACCUGCCGUCUUGGGGUUGAAUCAUUAUAUUCUGACAAACAUCUCCUCACACCUUUCAAAACACUGAACUCAGCAUCCGUAUUGUAUUGUGUUACACUCCUGUGCCACUCUGCUGCUCGUUUAAACAGCCGUCUGAGCUCAGCGGGACCAGCAUGAGCUCUGUAGCCCAUAAAGACUUCCCCUUAAAAGAUCCCCUGCACAGACCGCCUGCUGUCAUGGACCAAUUAAAAUCACCACCCGCCAAUCCCCGACCUAAAUGCUUUGACAUAGAGCACACCCAGAAACACACACAUGCACCUACAGUGAUAACAACUGGGUGGAGUGGUGACUAUCAAUACAUAAUUAAUGAUAAUUGGCUGUAGACAUUCAUAAUUGAUAUCCCCAAUUUCCUCUGAGUGUCCCCACCUGAGCUGGUUUGGUCUACCCACUGGUCCUGUAUGCCACAGAAGACCCACUGCUCCAUCUGCUUGGCUUUCUGGAGCUCUACCUCAGCUACCUCACAUGCUGUUUGCCAAAAUGUUAUCUCUACUUGUAGCGGGAAACUCUGCUUCCCUGAUAAGUAUGUGGAGUGUGCACUGCAGACUCAACAUGCCCCCUUAUCGCACGUUUCACUGUAAUCACAGUAUGAUUUCACUGUGUACAAGAAGUGAUGAUAGCAGAUCAGCAACAUGAAACUCGAGUAUCCACAAAGGUUGAUUUAGAGCCUGUUUGAGGAGUUUCUAGCUGGUUAUCCAACUGAGAAAUUCAUACUUAUGCCUGUUGAAGAGCUACAAAAGCAAACAAGACCAUCAGCAACAAGACUGAUUAUUCUCUAUGAAGUGUUUUUAAUGCAUUUUACUGUUGUGAUCAGCAGCAUGCUACCAGAACGGUCUUUUUCCCUCAUGUCCUGGGUAAAGAUUAGGAAUGGGCAUUUUAAGAAAGUUCUUUGAUCGAUUAAAUCACAUAAAUGAAUGAUCAAACAUCGAUUUGAUCAAGGUUUUUAUGCAAAUGACAGUAAAUACGAAACAUGAUUUUCCACAUUGAAUUCCCCCCCUCCCAUUCAUGAAUCGCUAGAAUCAGGGACAACUAUAGCAAUCGGAGACAACGGUCUGUCCCCACGAAAUCAGGGAUGUCUGGUCACCCUACUGAUCCUCCUUGAUAGCAAGGAGCUGAUGGUGGGUUGAGAUCAUAGACUGUAUAUACUAUGGACAACCUGGUUCCGCCUACCGCCUGUAUACGGAUUUGAAGCCAAAAAGCUCUCGGUAUUUCCGGGAUUUUUCUUCACUUCCUGAAACCAGAGCUGUGCAGUAGCAAUGCACGCAUUCGGCCGCGCAGUCCCAGAGAGUCGCUUUGAUGAUGCUCGGCUCAAACUGCGUAUCCCCCGGGAGAGCUACGCAAUCCCUGAACGUCCAUAGGCUGUAUCAAGUGUCAAUCACAGAAAACAUGAACCCCCUAAUAACUUUUAAUAAUGGAGCUGCACAGAAAAAAAGAGGACUUGAGCACAAACCAGUCUUACUGUAACUACAUGUCAACAUCACAAGCAGGGGGGAGAAAAAUUUAUGUUCUGUGUAAUAAAUUUCUAAAGUUUGUCCACAGCUUUGCUGGCGGAGGCGGGAUUUAUGACCUAUACUGCAGCCCAUCAACAGAGGGUGCUGUUCUUGGAGUGGCUUCACCCAGCGAGGAGGCAGACUCUGUCCAUUCUAUAUACAGUCUAUGGUUGAGAUGAGAGCACUCAUAGGAUUCACUAACCUCAUUUGGAUGUAUGUGGUUGAAGUGGUACAUCAUUGUUGUGUUGUACUUCAAAAUGUUUUCUGCAAACCUCAUUAUUUUUCCACUCGAAAUGGUCCCAUACCACACUUGGUAUUGCUGUCUUUAAUGUUUUCUAUGGAGGCCUGCUGACGCUGUAUCAUACACACACACACACACACUGACUGGACAAAGAUGGUAUCUCUCCCCAUCAACAGAGGUUGAUCUUUGCUGGAAAGCAGCUGGAGGAUGGGAGGAUGGAUGCACGCUGUCAGCCUUUUAUUAGCUGAAUUGAAAUUUUGCGUGAUGGACGUAAUUCUUCACAAUCAAUUAAUCAAUCAUUGAUUUAUCGUGCCCAUUCCUAGUAAGAAUUCAAAGUGAGUGAUUUGUUUGAGAUUUUUUAGUCAGAAAACACUUUCAACACAUGUGCAAAGCAAGAUCAGCAAAGAGAGGUGGUCUACUUGUCCACAGGGGGCACAUAAAGAAAAGUCCCUUAUAGAAGCUUUAAGCUAAAAGCUGCACUGAAGCCUGCAGGAUUGUAUCUCUAAGAAAACAAUGCAUUACUUGGAUGAGUUAAUGUUUUUUUUUCUCUUUUUGUUGAAGUUGUUAAACAAAUGCAAAAGAAAAAGAAAUCCAACGGCACCAUUUUCAGUAUGAAGAUGUUUGUUUUUAUUGCUUUUCAAUGUUGCAGAUCCAUUCAAACCUGCACUAAAAGUGAUAUAAGUUGCAGUUACAAGUUUUAUAAUUAUAUUACCGAUGCCAGGAUGGUAGGAUAAGAAAGAAAUUUGUGGAGUGCAGUUGCAUUGUUCAAUAUGAAGUGCAAUAAAUAGAAAGAUUUCGUGCAGAUCAUCUGCUCUGUCUUUGGCUGUUCUUUGUUUUUAACUCUUCCUCUCAUAGGUCUCUUAAAGCGACCUCGAGCUUCAUUCUUCUGUAUUAAAAUAGUAUAAAGCAUGCUCCAUAUAACCAGGUCAAUGUGCUAAAUCUGUACAUGUGUGUGAGAAAGCCUUGCUUGUUUACCUGAGAUAAUUUUAUUUCUGAGGAGGAUAAAUACAGACUUUUUCAGUGUUUACAGUGGAUGUCAGUAUUUCAAUAAUGAUGAAUUAUCACUUUGCUGUGCAGCCUGAGUUUUGGUUUGUUUACAGACUAUUACCCCGGAUCUUUACAGGAUGUUUGGUCAUGAUAGUACCUAGCUUCAUUUUAGUUGUGUUGCCUGCAAAAGAGUUUGGCUAUAAUGCACUUUUAAUGGAGUCUAAGACAUGAGAAAGUAGCCAUCCUUCUCCUCCUAACUACAAAAAACCUUUGCUUCAUCUUUUCCCUUUCUUCAUUCCUGCAGAUCACCACUUUGAUCAACCACAAAGACAAGCCAAAGAAGUCCGAGCGCACGCUUGCAGCCAUUCACAGGGUGGGCCAGGCGGUGAGUGUGGCUGUGGGACGAUUUGUCGCUGUCGGGGAGGCCAUUGCCGCCGAGAACCAGGAGCUGAAGGAUGAGAUGGGUCAGGCCUGCUUCGAGGCUCGCCGAGCAGGUUUGUCAUCAUUAUAUCCGCAUAUAUUUGUCAUCUUAACGGGGACGUAACUUUUCCGGAUUCAUCUGGGAUCCUUGUGGGAACUAGCUGCAGCUUCUUUGAAAAACCAAGCAGGACUUCUCUCAGUCUUUUCAUGUUUUUUCUUUUACUGACGAAGAAGACUGCUACAAAACAAUAAAACAACAACGACUAACAGUACAUAAACAAAACAUCUCUUCUUCAAUGUUUUUUUUUUUAUUUUAACUGAACAUUUCUUCUUCUAUGGUUCUAACUUUGACCUCCUCUCAGCCAACAUGUAGACAUGCCCCCUUGUGAGGUAAAAUGUGUAACAUUACAUAUCAGUUAUAUAUGAAAUCAUGUAUGGAAUUAACUUCAUUUUUAAUCUGUAUUAUAAUAUUAUCUAUCCAAUAAUUAAACCAUCAGAUCAUGAAAUAGAAUUUAUAAGUAAAUAAUGUUUUCCAAAUUGAUAAUAAUGAACAAAGGAUACAACAAUCCUUGUUGUUCCAACCCACAGAGGCGGCUCUUGAACCACACAGACGGACAUAUUUUAAAGCAAGUGGGAAAUAAACUUCACAGUGAACUAAGAGAAUUGCAGGACAACUACAGGCUAAAAAUGUGAGGUAACUUUUCAAUCGACUGGUUUCAACGCAACUCACAUCCCUGUUUCAUGGAGUUUCUGCUCCUGAAGGUAAGAUAAGAUAAGAUAAGCCUUUAUUAAUCCCUCAAGGGGAAAUUCCCAUUUACAGUUCAUCCUUUCCAAGAAACAUACAGUAGGGAGAUGCAUACAGGAGAACUGUUGGAUUGUCAGUCUGCCCGGCACCCCUUUCUUAGAUGAGAAAAAGGAGACCAGGAGGGAAGAAGGAAAAAAAUAUUAAAUCAUAUUAGAUCGCUCCUUUAUCCAAUGAGACAGGAGUGACACAAAUUCAUUGAUAGAUGUUCAAGUUAGUCGACUAAGUUAGUGUCCCGUGUGUGUUUAUUUCAGGCAAACUGUGACACUUUAAUGAAAAGUCAAACAUCUCCUUUAGGCGUCACCGUGUUAUCAAAUUUGAACAAAUUUCAAUUUAUCAGAACUUAUCCAACUGUCAGACAUUUCUGUUCCAGAGGACAUGCAGAGUUCUCAAAAGUUGGGAGUAAAGGCUUUAAUAGAAAGUGCUUCAUCACCCAAAGGUGCUGUGUGGAGGCGAAGACUGAGAGUGUCCGCCGCACUCACUUAGGGAGCACAGGAUAAUAGAUUCUGAUAGGAGGCUGCUGGAGACUUGAUGCGACUGGCUACUGCAGAGAUUUAAGCAGUCGCUUUACUGAUAUCCACCGCCACAUGAAUCUGUGGGAAGCAUUUCUGAUUCUGAGGUCAGGACCUCAACUUUUUUUUCCACUCUUGAAUCUCCUCUUCGGGUUUUUUAAUUUUAGUAAAUUCCUGCAUUUCUCUUCUGCUCCAGCUCAGAAACAGACAGUUCGUUCGAUAGUGUUGUUUACAUAUCACCCAGUAUGGACUGCAAGAGGCCUGAAAAGAAGAUCUGUUUGGGUGGAUGUGUGUGAAACGGCAGACAACAGUGAGAGACAGCAGCAGCAGAGCAGGGCUGGAGGAGGGGUGGAAACAGUGACAACCGGUGUGAGGAAACAAGAAUGUGUGCAUCACUCUUGCAGGGACUGUCAGCUUUUAUUGAAACCGAGAAAGGCGAGGUGGCACUUUUGUCAGACGUUUGUUUCUCACGGUGUUUCCUCGCUCUCUCGUAACUUUUUGCACUUAAAUGCUGUUGAGAAGACAACAUGUCAACGCUGUCUCAUCAUGUCCAUCUAAAGUAUCUAACCGUACUUUCUUUGUUUGGUUGUUGCUGCUUUGCUUUGUAAAACACUUCCUUAUAUCUGCAAUCUUAGCUCUUAUCAGGCAAAACAAGGACCUCAUUUCGGCUUCUACAGACACACAGGGAAUAAUAUCACAUCGGAUAAGAAUUUAGACACAACAGCGUGAUAAUAGGUUUAUGUUUGGGAGAACUGGCGUGUGAAGCAAAGCGUUUAAUCCGCACACAGUGCUGAUUUGCAAAGACGGCUAAAACUCAGACAAAGAGUGCUGGUGGGAGGACAACAGCCUGAUGAGAAAGUGUGUGUGUGUGUGUCUGUGUGUGUGUGCAAAGGUAUGACCACUGCAUGCGUGUGUGUGCGUGCGUGCUGAUGACUGGAUUGUGUUGCCCGCUGUGACUAAUUUAUUCUAGUUCUCUCUUUGCUCUCAGGGAGGUGUUUUCACAGUUUUCUCUUGCACUUCUUCAGACAGACUCAGAGCAAAUGUUAACCCAUUGAAAAAAAAAACACACAACAACAAAUCAAGUUUUUACUCAGUCUGAGACUUUUUAUUAAAAGCUGAUGGAGACAUCCUCUGGGGUGAAAAAGAGACUUUUUAGAUCCUUACGUCUCCAGGAGGGAGGAGGGCUAGUUAGUAAAGGAUUGACAUUUCUCUAAUACACCGCUGCAGGGAGAGUUUUAAUCAGGCAGGCCUCAGCCUUGUGUGCUUUAAUGAAUGAAAUAAAGGCAGGCUGAAAGCACUAGUUUAAUUAGAUGCUACCCAUCAUCUGUGCAUUGGAGAGAUCCAAUGAGGCAGGUCAGUGGAGGCAAUUUGUGUUGGAUCUCUGUCUCUGUCUGUUUCACUCAGUCUCUUGGUGUCAUUCUCAUAUGCGCUGUUAGUGCUGGUGAGUCUCCCUCUGAGAGAGUCAAGAUCAGAUGGUGGUGUGGUUAAAAAUCACAGCACAUACCCACAGUUUAGAGGUGCAUCGAGCUCAGACCACACAUUAACUUCAUGCUGGGAUGAGUCAAAAUCUGGAAUCCAGUUGCCUGCACCAAAACAUGGUUGGCUUGGGCUGGUCCUUUUUAUAUUCUGUAAUACAAUUGAAAGACAAUAUGAAUGAUGGUGGUAAAAAACGACAAUAUUAUUGGAGUAAAAAUGAAAAUACAAACAAAAAGAAGUGUAAUGCUGCUAUAAACACUUCUACACACUGUUCAACCAGCCAAACUUUGAUUUGAAGGGUUGGGGUACUGUUUGAUUUUUGUCAGUUCUGGUUCAGACUCAGAUAUAAAGGGAAUAGCAGUCUACAUUAUUUCCCCCUAUACUGCGCAUAUCACCUUUAGAAAGAGAGCAGCAAAAAAUGAAAAUAAAAAUAGAGAAAUUUCAAAAAUGGAACAUGAAUAAAUAUCUUUAUCUAUAUGUAUAUACUGUAUGUAUUUUUUUUUCUUUAUUUCAUUUAUUUAUUUUUUUGCUUUGUCCCUUUGUUCUGUUGCAUUAUUCUUUUGACUUUCAUGAGUUAGUAUUAUUAUUUCCAAAUAUUAUCCUUUUUCAUAAAACUCCCCAAAACAAAUACAUGCACUCAUAUCCAUAUAUAGGCAUACGUACACUCACUCACUCACACCCACACAGACAUAUGCUUUCAACAACUUCAAACUGUGAAAUACAACCAAUACCUGCUUGUGUCUGUCUUGUCUCCCCCAUCUGUUUCUCAGUUUGUUGUCCUUCGCUUGUCAUGUUCUGUUUUGCAUCACUUAAUAAAAAAAAUAAAAAGAAAGAAAGAGAGAGCAGCAAGAGCCGUGAUCAUGUUUUUUGUCAAGGGUAGACUGCUGCUCACCGAAUACAGUGCAUUUCCUCAAAUUCACUUUUUGUUGAAUGAAUCCUGUCAUAUUAGAUGUGCUUCCUCCCAGCCAAGUGUAAAGUUGGUUGUAAAUUCUGGUUGAGGUUUAAUCCUGAAAGACUUGAAACAAAAUUUACGAGAGUUCUCGAUAGUCAGUCCUUACAUCCCUGAUCAUUCCUCCAACUUAACAAUACAAAUGAAAAGUACAAAAACUGUAAGAUAACUUUUAUAUUAUCUGAUCCCUCUCCUGUUGUAAUCUUGGUCUUGCCUUUUCCCCUGUGCCCCUCCUAUAGUUCACUAUCUCCUUUCUGAGCCCAAGCAGACAUCAAACUAAAUGAAAAAAGUCUAAAUCUGAAUCUAAAUCUGUUGAAAGCUCUCUUAGGUUCUUGUAAAGUUUUGUUCAGAAACAGCAGCUCUGCGUUACUGUCCUGUAUAGACAUUAUGGGGCAUGGACACACUUACUGAGUCAUUCCCGCUUCCUGAAGAGGCGUGAUGAAGCACAAAGAUGGCUGUCGCUUUGUUGAAAACAAUCACUUUUCUUAAACCAGCUAAGUGAAGUGAAGUUUAAGUCUCCUGGCAAACACAGCUGUCAGUCAAAUCCAGCAGGCCCCUAAUUAUGCAGACUUAUGCAUAGCUGAGUCAUGCUAAGACAAAGAAUUUUGCCCCAUAAAGUGAUAAAGAAAUCUUAAGAUAAAACACAUUGUUUACAGCGAGCUUCAGGCAUGUUUCAUUCUGCUGGAUAAACAGGCUAAUGCUUUGGGUGUUUGUGGGGCUUCCUUUCUGCAGCCAGCUUGAAGUAGGGAAUCUGGGGACCUGCAGUUUUAGCACCGGCGUCUUGAGACGGUUCCUUUGACCUAAAUACAUAUAUGCUAAUGUGUAGCAGGUAGCGCUGGACGAUUGAUCAAAUUUUAAUCAUGAUUUCAAUUUUUUUUUCUCACAAUCGUAAAAACAUUCUAAUCAGAGAAAAAACGAUUAAUGCACCGCACAAGCGAGCGUGUGACGUGUGUGGAUCAAUAAUAUGAUAAGCGAGCGAUUGAAAACAUGGCAGAAAGGCAGUGUUUGGUUGAGAAAAAAAGACAACAUUUUGGCUUUAAUUUGACGGACGUCGAGCAAAAAGAAAUUGUUUACCAAGUUUGUCAAGCUGUUGUGUCUGCUCCCCAAGGAAACGCAACCGACUUCAGGCUUUCCCCUGUAUGCAGUUGAUCGUGGCGCACCGCGACAAAUAAAUAUGAGCUAGCACACCUUCAAAAUCUCUCUAACUCAGACUUAUAUGUAUUAGUAUAUGCGCACAUGGGCACUGCACUGUGGAGCAUGUGCGCAGAGUAUUAGCAUUUGCAAGUAAUCAUUGGCUAACACAGAGCUGAUUAAUUUGAACUUUUUUGCUUGUUUAAUUGUUACAAACUUAUUUCUCGCCGAUCAUUUAAGAUAUAGUUAAAGUUAAGUUUGGGGGGUUUAAUAAAUGCUCACAUUUUGAAAUCAAUAAUUGACCGUGAUUAUUAAUCAUGAUUUUAAUAUCUGUCAGAAUAAUUGUGAUUAUUAUUUAGCCUUAAUCGUCCAGCCCCAGUAGCAGAGGUGUUCCAGCUGUUAAGGCGUGCUAGUCACAGUCACUGUCAUAUCAGCGGACACCCUGGGAUAUGGAUCACUUUUCCUAACUGUACUUUGGUUUUGUACUACUGACGUGCAAGUUAGCACUAAACUACAGUUUAAAAGUUGUGAUCAUCACAUAAAGUUCGAGCCAAUUCAAAAUAUUAAACAGAAAAUGACACAGGAUGAGAAACGAAGUGAACACCAUUCAUCAUGGAGUCAAUUGCAAAUCUGAGAGACAGGCUGAGAUUGCCGUUCAUUGAAUCAUGCAAGAUUGAUCUGACUGCCUGUGAGCGCUGUACCAACACUUCAAGGAUCAGCCUUUCAAGUAUUCACUUAUGAAUAAUGAAUUAAUCACACUGAAAAAUGCUGUAUCAAUUACCCGUGAUGCCGGAUCUUAAUGAAGGGACAAAGCACAGUCUUGCAUAGAACAAAAGACACAUGCAUCAUUAGCACAUACAACAGCUAGGUGCCUUACAUUCAACAUGCAUACUUCAUGGUUUUGGGGGAUUUAGAGACUGUUUCUGGCUCCUUCUGCUUUCCUCCCCUGUAGUGUUGAGGGGUUUGAGCAGUAUUAUUUUUGGGCCAGGCCGAGAUGUUUGAACUGGUUAGCAGAGUUGGCACUGAAAAGCAGCCUGUCGGAUGCAAUCAGUUUGUCAGUGCUGCUUCUUUUAAAGGACCAGCCAAACCAAAUAGGAAGCCAGGCUGCAGGGCCAGAUAGAGAGUUGGUUAUCUCCCUCCUUCCCCCCUCCUCUUUGAGCUUUCUUUCCUUGAGAUUUUUUACUCCCAGUGCCUCUUCUUAACUCUGGACAGUUUGUUCUUUAUAAGAAAAAAAAAAACUAUUUCGGUGACGGGCAAUCACUCUAAAACUCUGUAUUUUUCCCUUUUUGGGGCUGGUAUGAGUAGAUCUGAUGAUAGGAAAGUUGGACUCUGUAACUCUUUAGGGGCUGAGAGUGCUACCCCCCAUGAUGGCUCACAUCAACCAGGAAGUCUGCCAGUAAUAUUUGGGUGAGGGAAUGACAGCUGAGUACCUCCAUGCUGAAUUUAGCACUUCCUUUUUUUCCCCUCUGUCCAGGACAAACUGUUUUUCCCAGAGGUUGAGAACAGGUGCUUUAGUGUUUUUUGAGUUAAUACUGAAAGAAAAUCGGCUGUAGAUGGAAAAGAAAGAGGACUUGGGGACUUGAACCCAAGCUCAAGCGCCGCCAGGUGAGCUAAACGGCUGCUUCAAUAUGAAAGAGUGACAAAUUUAGCAUCCCAGGUCCUCUUUUAGAGCGGAUUGCUUUCUGUUUUAAAAUGACAGCACUUUAUAGCAGGCUCAAACAGCCUGAGGGUCUCUUCAGUGAUUUAUCUCUACAAGAAUAAAAAUAGAUUGCUUGAUUGAUUAAUUGUCCACCCAGCCAUAUCAUCAGCUCACCAGGGAAUCUCAGGGUGCUCCUCGUCAAGACGAGAAGUCCAAACCUUCCAGUACGAUUAAGUCUGUCAUCUUAAAUGGAGAGAGACUCUUCCUCUGCUUUCUUGACAAGUCGCCACAAGUCCCUUCUAAGUUACUCGCCAGAUAAAUUUAUUUCUCAUUUCUUCUUUGAAACAUUGAAAAAUCAACUUGGAUUGCAGGGGAUUUCCAGCUUUGUGUCAGACCAAAGACGUGACAUCCUUUGUCAGUUUUGAUGUGUGCAUAUCAGGAGUAAAGUCCAGUUAUCAAACCUUGAGUCUGAUUCACCAAAUAGAGUCAAAGUUGAGUCCCCCCUCAGUCCAAGCCAAGGCAGAGUCCUUUCUAUUAUUAGUUUUUAUAGAGAGAGGUGGGAAUACACUGCAGUCUAAUCUCUGUUAGGACUGUGUGGGACAGUCUGUUUGUGUAGGAAAUACAUUUCAUUUAUCAUCCCGUUGCUGUUUCUGGAGACUUUAAUUACCAAUGCAGUUGCAGUGCUGUGUCUGGUUCAUAAAAAUGCACCGUGGCUUUGUAUCAGGAGGAUGCACUCAGGAAAACCAUAACACGUUUCCUUAAAUCAAAAAUAUUGGUUGCAAAUUAUUCAGCCCUAUAUUAAAAACAUAUUAAUAAAUAAGCUAGAGUCCACUCUUUCUCCAAAACAACAAACAAGACCACCAGCAACAAGCACAACAGCUACUUUCAUUUAAUGCGUAAUGCCUGAAGCUGCAGAGAGGGGUCAGGUGUGCUUUACAAACCACCUGUCUUUAUAUUUACUGCUAACACUCACAAAGAGUGGCACUUUUGACCCUCAAAGACGGCAGAGUGACAUUUUUUUAGGGCUGCAGCUAUUGAAUAUUUUAGUUAUCGAGUAUUCUACCAAAUAUUCCAUCGAUUAAUGGAGUAAUUGGAUAAAACACCAUUUAUUUUAGUUAAGAUGCAAUUAUUAAUGUACAACAAAAAAUAAUACAUUUAACUUAAGAAUGAACAAGCAAUUGUUUUUCUUUUUUAGAAUCAAGGAACACGGAACAAGCCUAUGUGGUAGCAGAUUGCAAUGCUCGUAAGAAAGCUAAUUAUGAUAUUAGCUUUCAUCAUGCCCCCAAAGACUCCUAUGUUUUCUGCCUCUGCUACUACACUGGCAAUGUUAGGCUAUAAGCUAGCAUGAAGAGGAGUGUGCAGAGCAGCACUGUCUCCGCCCACGACUCAGAGGUUAAUUACUCAUGAGCUACUGGAGCUCUGUAGAAGAAAAGCCCCUCUAAUCAUUCAUUUUUCUGCUCAGAAAAACCAAUACCGCGCUUACUCCUCCUUCUGGUGGCAUAAGCGCGUUGUGUCAUCUUGAAAAUAACUCGUGCAAAACAGUGAUGAUUCCAGUGAAAAUUCCUCUAUCAUUUUUUGUAAUGGAGGUACUCGAGGAAUCAUUUCAGCCCUACAUUUUUUUCCUGCCAAGUUCAGGAUGAGAUCAGUGAAGUAAUGAGAUGUACACAUUUGUCCCCAGGGGGCACCAAAAUCAACACAGAGCGUUGCUAUUGCAUGUCAUAACAAAGUUUUUGAUGUGUUGCAUGAAAAGACUGUAUGUAAUAUGUGUUGUUGUUCAGAUGGUAGGACUGAGUUUUUUUUUGUUUGGUUGUGUUGUAAGUGAUCCACUGGGAACAGGUAUGGUUGAAAAGCGUGAUGGAGUUGGAGAGGAGGAUUUGUGGUAUCAAGUGUUUAUAUUAUUUGCUCAAAGACUUCGCUGCAUAUUUUAUUAAAUACAGCUUAAAGAAAAGGCAAAUAGCAACAUAUCAGUAUCUCAUAAACUGUCUGAAUCAAUUAAAUCCAAAUAUGUAAAAACCUCAAGUGUUAUGAUUGUGUGUGUCUGCAUACACUUAAGAGAUCAUGUUGUAAUCGUCCCGUUUGAAGUUUGUGUUUGAUCUCAGUAAGGAAGCCCUAAGCUGCUUUAAAAUUGGGGGAAAUGAGAGCACUGGUACAGGCUCAGUAAUCUGUUGCUGGAGAGAAAAAGUCGUAUUGUUGCGUGUCUUUUCUUCCUGAAACACUGUUAUGUAAGAGUCGGACAAAUCAGACAGUAUGUGUGUGUGCCUACAUAUGAGCUCAACCAUGCUUUCCCCUCCUCCUCCUCCUCUCUUGCAGGUGAUGCCAUCGCCCAGCUGACAGAUGUAGGACCAGCGCUGCCGCUGCAGUCAGAUGGACGUGUCACGGUGUUCAGUGACAGGACAGGGAUGGUGAAGGCUGCCCGUCUGCUGCUCUCCUCAGUCACUAAAGUCCUGGUGUUAGCCGACCGCAUCGUCAUCAAACAGAUCAUCACAUCACGCAACAAGGUGAGACCUGCAAAUGGAAGAUGACACAAUCCUUUUUAAGGGUGUUCAUGAGCUCUUUUCUGCAUCCACUAAGGUCCAAACAAACAAACACACACUGCAGAAAAAAGAACCAUCCUGAGAGUCUUUAUUCCCUAAUAGAUAAGCCCUGGCUCUCUGGAAGAGUUCUCUGGAGGUAAUUGAAGGGAAGCAGCACAUUUAGCCACCACAUAAAAUCACAGAGCAGCAGACUGUCUCUCCCUGUUGUACCUGGCUAUGCUCUCAACCAGACAACGUGAUAUGGAUGUGCACGGAGCCAAGAGUGGGAACAGGGGGCCUAAUCACGACUGCUUAGCCUCUUUUGGACUGACAGUCGACAGCCCCCUGUUCUCCAUUACUGGCAAACACAAUUACAUCUCUUCCCGCUCUUUGUCUGCGUGUAUAAAAGCUGCUGCAUUAGCGCUGCCAGCUAACCUACUCUGCUGCUAAAUUAGGAGAUACACAGACUCCUGUUAACUAAAGUAUAGGUAAGAAAAGACACGAUCUGCUGGUUUAAUUUUAGCAUGUCCCUAAUAUGAUAUCACAUUAAGCCACUAGAAUAGAUAGAAAAAACCUUUGAAUAUUGUACUAUGCACCCUGAGUUUAGUAGAGAUGCACCGAUUCAUUUCUUUUCGAUAUAAUCCGAUAACGAUACUUGGGCUGAUAUUUGAUACCGAUCCAAUACUACUGUUGAAUGAAUAAACUGUAUACCUUGCCUUGUGAGUAAAGGCAUCAGGCUUGACAUUAGCCUUGUUAAAAAAAGGUAACAAAUUAAACAGAUAUAAAUUUACUUAAUAUUAUUUAUUAACAAAAAACAAAUUGCACAUUAGCACACAGCAAAAAGAAGUAAGACUUCUUUGUAAACAUUUAGGCCAAAAGGAUAGACAGACAUAGAAUAUAGAGCGAACUGAAUCGCUGUGUCGCUGUGUAUGAUAUUAAUUAAAAGAAAAAAAAGACCGGAUCGGAAAGCUGGAUCAGCGUCAUUCAUCAGAUAUCCGAUCCUGGUAAAUUGUCGAUAUCGGAGCCGAUAUCCGAUCCAAAUAUCGGAUUGGUGCAUCCCUAGAGUUUAGUAACCUUUAUUCUCCAGCAUUUUGAAGUAUAUAGGGGUUCAACCUUGCUAUAUAAACAUGCUAGAUGAAAUUAUCUGCUGCUUUUAUCUUCCUGUGGGAUCAAACUAAGUUGUAACUAUGUGAAAAAAAACCCGAAAAGAACAUGAACCAUAUGUGGUAAUUCAAACACUUCUCUGAUCCUGUACUCCUUAGGUCCUGGUUACACUGGACCAUCUGGAAAGAGUCAGCACCUUCCAAGAAUUUGUGCAGAUUUUUAGUCAGUUUGGCAACGAGAUGGUGGAGUUCGCCCACCUCACCGGAGACAGACAGAACGUGAGUAGCAUGAUAAGAAGUCUCUCUAAGUAAAUGAGCUGCAAAAGUGAUCAAACUCAGACAAAAAAAAAACUGUUUUUGUUGAUACUGCUUUUCAUAAAGAUGCAGUAAUUUGUUUCUUUAAUUCUGCAACACAGAGCACAUUUUGUUUACACUUGUAGAUUUAAUCUCCUAACAAACAGGGAUUUCUCUGAACAUGGGGGUCUGGAUGUGCGGGCAGGUGGUGGAAUUAGGCUGUGAAACCUGCAGUAUUUACACUAUGAAUGUGAAGGCUAGCUCAGAACAAAUCAAUAACACAAGCAUCAAAUAUUUACACUUCCCCCCUUAACAAAAACCAAACAAUGAUGUCCGGCUUCAGGCUUUUCCUUCUUUCUGCAAAGUUUUAUUGCUCUUCUCUGAAUCAGUUCCUUUCUUUUCUAAUCCUUUAAAGAGAAAUGCACAGAUCACUCAUGACUCAUCCUGCUCAAUCUCUUCACAUAUUCAUUCAGAGUUAAUAUUGAAUGACCUGUGCUUAUAGCUUAUAGCGCCGCUCCCUCACUGCAGUACAUCGGCUUGACUCGUGCAAAUUUGCAAAACAAAACUUUCCCUCAAAGCUGGAGAAAAACAGUCCAGCUUAGGGAUUCUAACUUUGUUCUGUCAACGCCUGCUAAUCCCACUUUGAUGUGUACAUUCAGCGUGCUGCAACUAAAGCGCUUUGCCUGCAGAAGCUGAUGUAAAGUGCAAUGACUGCGAUAUCUAGACAAGGGGAGCGGAUCGACCCUCCUUCCUUUUUUUUUUAUUUUUUUGAGCUUCCUCCAGGCUUCUGUUUUGACACACACAUCAUGCCUCUCAAAUUCUCCCCGUUGCAGCAGCUAAUCCCCCCCCCCCCCCCCUCAUUUACCACCCUGUUUCUUUUUUUUUUUGUGUGCACUUUCAUGAGCACACAUGCAAAAGCACACCGCCUCUUUUGAAAAUCAUCUGCCGCUAUUGAAGCCAGAUGAGCAGAGACAAAUAUAAUGGAAGAUAAUCACAUCAUCUUUGCAGUCUAUGGAGAAGUGAUGAGAGAUGAGUUGAUUCAGCUGCAGUUCCUCAAUCCUGCAUCCACCUCAUUCAAGUUGUGUAUUUUAGCUUGGGAUGCAUAUGAAAAGAGCGGGAGCAGCAGAUUACGUGCACUUUAGAUCCCUUGCUAUCCUCAUGGCACCUUUUUUUAUUAUAUGGCAGCUAACCCAGGGAGCCUCAAGUGUGUAUAAGUGUGUGUGUGUGUGUGUGUGUGUGUGUGUGUGUGUGUGUGUGUGUGUGUGAACUUGGGGAGGAUUCUGUGCCACAUUUGUGGGUCCCUUCGUACCAGCAUGAAAGAGAUUUGUUGCAUAUUUUUGAUGCUUCAUUUCCCUCGGACAGCAAGACGGUUCUUAGAAGUUGGAACUAGAGUAAAGCUACCCUAUUGCCCAUCUGCUGUGUGUGUGUGUGUAUGUGUGUGUUUGUGCUGCAGGACUUGAAGGAUGAGAAGAAGAAAGCACGGAUGGCCGCAGCCAGAGCAGUGUUGGAGAAAUGCACCAUGAUGCUCCUGACAGCCUCCAAGGUAAAAAAAAAAAAAAAGUGGGCAAAGAGGUGCUGGACCUUUGGGUGAGGGUUAAAGAUCUGAAGCAUUUUCAAGUUGAUUCAAUAUGAAGGUUUCACCAAGGCAGUGGUGGAUGGAUUCAACACUCAUAUGAUAAGACUGUGUUGUUGAAAAAGAUAGAAGUUGAAGGAAGUACAGGAGGUCACGAGCUUUGAUAUUUCACAUUCAAUUCCUCGCACAGACUUGCCUGAGGCAUCCGGAUUGCGAGUCGGCGCGGAUCAACAAAGAUGCCGUGUUCCACCGAAUGCGCUGCGCCCUGGAGCAGGUCAUUGAGAUCGUCACCGAGGCUCGGAGCUCAGGGGAGAACAAAAUCCUUCCUGCCAGCAUCUACAACGGCAUCAAGGACUUCAAGGUAGAGUCGGUUAUGAAAAAAGACUCCAGGCUAGAAAAGCUUAACCUGAAGAGUAAUUAUUAUCCUUUUACAGAUGAUUCCUAUGACCACAUGAAGAUCUACUCAUUGUGCCGGUUUAUUGUAGAUUUGGUAUUAUGCAAUGACUUGCUCUCACUCACUGUCUUGCUUACAACCUCAAAUGUGGAUCAAAGAGCCAGCAGAGAGGGCCAGACCUACCCACUUUGUAAUUUGGGUCACACUGUUGAGUGAAUCACCACUAAACCUACACCACUAUGACUAAUCCUCUCUCCGCUCUUCUUCUUCUUCUGCUCUGGCAAACAAAACAAACGUAAAAAAAAGGAGAAACCUUUGAAAAGGUCUUUGCCAUUGAAAGAAAAGAAGAAGAAAGUGUUUUAAUGAAAGGCUCAGAGAUGGUUAUUAUUCCUAAUAAAUGGCUUUCUGGCUUUUAAUGGCUCACAGUUGAAGCUAGAGCUUGUGCAAACCUGUAAUCUUCGGACACGUCAGCCCAGACCAUUAGGAUUUUUUUCUUUUCAGCCGAUUUUUGUUCAAAACAGAGUAAAGGAUGAAAGAGGAAAAAUGCAUUAGCUUUUAUGUUUGUGUAAUCGAGUUUGCUGAAUUUAUUGCGCACUUCUGAUGGCCUGAGGUGACUCUAAGCUUGAACCAAUAUCCCAUAAUUCUUUCUAUUUAAUGUUGGAGUCAAGUGUAUAAUGUUAAUGAGGUAGUAAAUCAUGUACCUUUCCCCUCAGAACAUCAGCUGGUAGAAAUUUCAAGUCCGUUUCAGUCUUUCCUUUCUCUGCCCAACAAUUCUUCAAAUGCCCCUUUGACUCAUGUAUCCUCCCUCCGCCUCUCCUGCAGUCCAGCGUGGAGUGCCUGCGGGAGAACCUGUUCUCCCUGUCACCCCAGAGCAUGAGCAGCCAGCUGGAGACGCUGGUGGAGCGGACAGAGGACUUCACCGACUCGGCCUACACCAGCCACGAGCAGCGGCAGGCCAUCCUCGGUCUGUGCCAGCUGGCGCGCCAGGACACCCAGCAGCUGGUGCAUGCCUGGGUUGAGGGGGUAUGUUGGCAUGAGCGGGCAGCCUCGCAAAGACACACACACACACACCUACUCACAGGAGUAUUCAUAAAAGCACAUUUUAGCAUAUGAGGAACAAAAUUACCUCAUAAAAGAGGAUGAGAAUAAGAUGCAAAGCAGAGUACAGAGGGAGAUUUGUGUGAAUUGUGCUGGGUCCCUGAAUUAACAAACAAAAGUCAACUUGUUUUGAAAAUAAAGUUCAAAAAACAUUAUCACACAACCUGUCGAACAGAUAGAAAUCCAUACAGACACGCUCGUUCCCAUCAUGUCUCCCUCCGCCUCACAGUCAUUCACUUUGCCCACACACACUUUCUGUCCACACAUCCUCGCUGCAACAACAGAGCAUAAUAACCCGAGUGAAUAACUCUUCACUAAGGCUUAUUUAGCAACUCAGCCAUUCAGCAGAGGCUCUUGGCCUUCGUAAUUGAUGGACUUACGAAACACAAGUAGUUAUGGGAUUGCAGUUUUUCAUUGUAAACAUUAUUUUUCAGUGUGUUCAGAGCAGACAGAGAGAUUUCUACCCAUUAUUGUUCAUCUUGUCUCUGCAGUCCAAGGUCACUUGAACAGAAAAGAACAGAAAAGCUUAUAGUCUUAAUGGAUUCAUUCUGGCUGUUCUGCUUGUCCUAGCAUGUGGAUUUUUAUUUGUAUUGCUGCAAGUUUAUUAAUUACAUUAAAAAAAAAAACUUCUUUAAAAUUUUAAAUCAAAUCAUUUGUUUUCAGAAUUUUAAUUAGGUAAAAAACUGUUUUGUAAUUCCCACCUUUCUUUUCGUAUUCAGAGUGUAAUAAGCAAACAUUAAAUCAAAAAAAGAAGAAAAAAGUGCCUUUGAGACGUGAAGCAUCCAAACACAGCAUCAACAUUUUAUCAAUUAGACAAAAGGACAAAAAAAAAAACUUUAAACAAUUUUAUCUGUCCUAAAGGAAUAUACAAAAUUUCUCGCAAACCCAAAUAUAUAUACCCAAAAAUAAUGUUCCAUUAAUGUAAAGAUGGCUGAAAGUUGGGGACAUGGAAAUUCAUCAUAAAUUGAAUUAAAAAGAAUAAGAAUAACUUUUUUCAUCCCCAAAGGGACAUUCAAUAAAUUAUGAUUAAUUUUCAAUUUGUCCUAGUGUUUUAAUGGUUUGAGGCAGAUUUAGGGGUCUGUAUGAGAAACUCAGGCACUUGGGGCAGCAGGAUUCAUUAGUGUUCCCAUCCAAAUCCCUUCAAAUGAAUUGCAAAUCAAAAUAUUUUUUCAAUCUGUGGGUCUUUUGGGGGAUUUGUUUUCACCAAAUGGCCAAACAUUUGCUGCUUCUGGAUUCUUAAAUGUGAGGUUUUUUUUCUCUUUUUUGAGACAUGUAAAAACCAGGGGUCAUAAUCAUGAACAACAGAACAGAUUGAACAUUUAACUGACUGAAUAAUAGUCAGGGUUAUCAAAAAUCAUUGAUCAGAUUCACUGGCCAAGGAAAUAAUCAUCAGCUGUCGGCAGCCCUACAAUGUAGACUCAUUUUCAUUUUAUUUUCAUUUUAAUUUUUGCACAAUUUAAAAGAAUACAACAUAGAGCAUAAUAGGUAGUAUUGAAACAGUGCAGGGAGAGGCAAAAAGCCACGAUGGGCUUACUUAGAGCCUCCACCUAUGAUAACCUAAUAUUAAUACUACACUUUAAUGUACAAAAGCACAAGAUAACAUAAAAAAUUAAUUAAUAAUAGCGACUGACAACAAUAAUAUAGAGAGCAUUACAACAUACAUUACAGCAAUUAAAUGAUCUUUUAAAUAUUUUUUAAAACAUUUCACAGAAGAACAAAUUUUUGCUAAAUGGGAGAAACUGUUCCAUAACUUAGUACCAUAGACCGUGUAUACUAUCGACAACUUGGUUUUCGCCUUCCGCCUUCCUACGGAUUUGAAGCUGAAAAGCUCUUGGAAAUUCCACUUUUUUUCUCCACUUCCUGGAACCAACAUUGGGCUGUAGCGUUGUAAGCACUCCACCACUUGCGCAGUAGCAUUAUACGCAUUCGGCGGGAGAGUCGCUGUGAUGAUGCUCAGCUCAAAGAGCAUGUCCUCUGGGUGGGCUAUGCAAUCUUCGUACGACCAUAGGCUGUAUCAAGUGUUAAUUAUAGAAAACAUGAACCCCCUAAUAACUUUUAAAAAUGGAGCAGAGAGGACUUGAGCACAAACCAGUCUUACAGCAAAAAUUUAUAUUCUGUGUAAUAAAUUUUUAAAGUUUGUCCACAGCUCCAUAGGGAUCGGUAGAGAAGGUGGGAUUUAUGACCUGUACUGCAACCCUGACCAGAGGGUGUUGUUCUCGCGGUGGCUUCACCCAGUGAGGAGGCAGAUGCUGUCCAUCCUAUAUACAGUCUAAGCUUAUUACCUCUAAAUCUAAUUGUGAAUUGACACCUGGUAGUGAGGAGUUUAGGGAGAUGAUAAUUUGUCAGAUUAGCGUGUUGAGUAACAAUGAACCUUUGAAUUUUCAGUAAAAUAAGUCUUGAAUUGUUCUGGAAUAUUUCCUUCACUUGAGAAUAUCUUACAAAGUCAGUAGGUGAAAAAUGUCAGGCCUCAUGUUUUAUUCUCCUCUCUUCCUCCUCUUCCUCCCCUAAGCAGCAGUCUGCCCACGCCAAAGAGGCCACAGAGGACAUGGAGGUGGCCAUCCUGAAGACCUGCCAGAGCGUCAACGACCUCAGACGUGAGGUGAGCAGCAGUCUGUCGGUGCUCUCAGCCUGAUGAGUCUUAGCUACACAGAGACACAGAAAUGACAGGAGGAAGGUCUCUCUGGUUUCCCUCUCUGCUUUGUCACCUUCACUCUUCUUCUUUUCUUAUUCCCUUCUUCCUUCAUGCCUCUCAAUCAUCUUCACUUGCUGUGUGUUUCAUCUCGACUCCUCCACUCCCCCCUCGUCUUCUUAUAUUCUGCAAAUUUAAUCUGCGGUUCCUCCUCCAGCUCCAUAAGGUGGCUGUGGGUCGUGCGUCAGACCUGCUCAAAGUACACGGGGAGCAGUUGCCUCUGCGGGCUCUGAAAGCUGCAGGCGCUGAGGGGAACCUGGAGGCAGUGGCUGAGUUUACGCGCACGCUCACUGAGCAGAAGGAGCAGCUGGUGGAGGUAAGGUACAUCUGAACAGUCAUCCGUGUCUUUGAAGUGAAACCUCAGAAGUAUCCUCAAUCAGUCCUUUUUCCUCCCUGUGUGUGUUUGACUCCAGACAUGCCGGCUGCUUUGUCACGUUUCUGGAUCGGAGCCUUUGGAGAUCACCUGUGUACAUGCUGAGGAGACCUUCCACGUUAUUGGUCCACAGGUACCAUUUUCUGCAAGGAGUUAACAUUUCAUCAGUUUAAUGUCAUACCCCAUAGAAUGUGCAAAUGGCUGCAAACUUGGGAGAGCAGUAUCAGGUUGACUUUAAUUAAAUCAGAGACCCUCCUUUGAUAGUCAGUGUUUUUCAAUAAAGUCGAGCAGGUCUCUCAGCAGUCUUGGAUUGAAAUCAAACCUGAAUAAAAUUCGGCACGACAGUGGGCAGGAAAAACAUACAAAUGAGCCCACAUCUCCUCUGUCCCCCUCCUACACCUGCCAUCCAUUCAAACAGGCUGAGAACAUGAUGUCUGCCUCGUCCCUCUAUCCCACAUCUAAUUAUGUUUGCUCUUGGAAAUCGUCCAUGCCAGUAAUUAUCCAGCGAUGUAGGAUGUUCCCGUCCUGCGGCGGUAAUGUCAGGCCCCACAUGACACCGCAGUAAUGACUCCGUUCCUAAGGUCAAAGGUCGGCAAAUCAAUAACAUUGCAGUGUGGGGGUUUGUGCUGGUGAUACGUCUCUGUGUCUGCCCAAACUAAUAGAGGGGUGGCCUGGAGGGUAAUUGGCUAUUAAAUACUACACUAGAGGGGAGGGGCGGGGCUGGAGUGUGUGUUUGUGCAAGUUUGCCUCCUCAAAUAAAGUCUGUGUAUUUUUUCGAAGUGAUGUUUGUACAAGUAAUCAUCUAAAGUCGGCUUUGGUUAAAUCUAAAGAGGACCUCUCUGCACUUCUUCAUGUGUUUCUAAAUAAAUCUGCUGAAUCACGCAUCAGAGAUUUGCUGAAGCGGGGCAACAACUGUGAGCUAGUUCAGGCCGGGAGCUGAAGCUGCACUGAUUUCACAUGCCUUAUCUCUUAAUCUCUUGACAAAAGUGUCCCCUCUGUUUGGGGAUCUAUUGAAGCAGCAGUCCCUCUCUCUGCUCUGAAAUCUCCAACGCUGCCCUGCACCUGAGCUGAGCUUGAUCUUUCAGCCUCACUGCCUCCCCAGCAUCCACCUGCAGGAGGGUUUAAGAUUUGGUCUCAUCACUUCUCGAGCAAAAUAAACCAGUGAGGAGUGAUAAGGCCAGAGCUAGGCCUGCACGAUAUAUCGUUUGAGCAUCGUCAUCGCGAUGUACGUGUGUGCAAUAAUCACAUCGCAGAGCCUGCGAUGUCGGAGGUGAAUGAACUCAUUUGAUUUCAAGGGUAGCUGACUGAGAUACACUGCAUGUGACUCUGCAUGUGCUGUGCACUGAUCCACCAAUCACCUUUGUCUUUUACUCAGUUGCCAAUCAGACUACCCUGCCAGCUGUCAAUCAAAAUCAGAGAGGAGGAAACCCACCCCUGCACAUGUUCUGCACAUGGAGUUAGUCGCUGGCUGCUGGUGUUGAGCCGAGAAACGCGUGUCCGCUGAGAAUUACUUUCGGAACUUUACUCAUGACUGUUAAGCCCAACAAAAAAGAACUGUAUGGGUUUUAAAAUGUAUAUUUCCGUGGACCACUCUACUAUAAGCGGUGCGCGUUUUGCGAGAUGCAUGCAAUUCUUGGAGGACAUGCGUUUCUCAGCACAACACCGGUAACAACAACAACGAUUGCAAAAUGAGCAACGAACAAGAGAAAACCACCGAAAAUGAAAAUUAGUUGCCAAAAAGAAAAGGAAAGUCAGUUAUCUGGAAUUAUUUCGGUUAAAAGAAGGACCAAAACACGUGUUCUGUGUUCAUCUGUCGCCACAAUAACGUCCCAGAACAAUAAAAGCUAAAAAGAUCUCUGAGACAGACAGAAGCCAUUCUACUAACAUUCACAAAAAGAGGUAAGAUCAGUGAAGGUUAACUGUCCUCAAGACUUCAGCAGUGCAGCAUAACAUUAAAUGCUAUUCAGGUCAUCUGGUGAAAAUUCCUAUAUUUUUAAUAUCGCAAUAUAUAUCGCAGGGUUGAAAAAAAUCGCAAUGUUAGUUUUUUCCAAUAUCGUGCAGCCUUGGCCAGAGCCAAAUACAAAGUUUUACCACAACAGAGGCAAGAACCACACCACAAACUUUACUAUAUAGCAUCACUAGAACAGGUAGGCAAACUUUUCUCAUGGGUGUAUCAGUGACUCCUGUAGGAAAGUUCAGUUUGAAAUGAUAACACCCAGCAGGCUCCUUCUUUUCUGAAUUAAUACCUUCCUCAUGUCUCAUUCAGAUCAUCUCUGCAGCCCAGACGCUGGCCCUGCACCCGUCCAGUAAGAUCGCAAAGGAGAACCUGGAGGUGUUCUGCGAGGCCUGGGAGUCUCAGCUCUGCGAUAUGGCCCUGCUGCUGCGGGAGAUCAAUGAUGUGUUUGAAGGCAGGCGAGGUGAGGCUCAGAUCGGCUCAGUUAAGAGACGCCGCUGUGUUUGAGUUCACGAGUAACAGGAUGACUGUGAAAAAGGGUGAGAGGCAGAGGGGACUGCAGGUGUAAAGUGCUGCUUUUUAGGCAUCUCCACCUGGCUGAAUCAAAUUUGCAGAGAAAACCUCGGUGAAUCAUUUCGCCAAUGAACACUUUAGUAGGUUCUUUGGAAGUCAGAGCGAGGAAGGCAGUGUGCAUGUAUCAUUUUACAAUUUUUCUCAUGUACUCAGAGGGAAGUAUUUCACAAUAGGCGCCAUGGCAGCCCUCUUCCCUCUAGGGCUGUCAUGAUUAGGAAUUUCUGGAGACGAUAAUUUGUCAGACAAAUAAUCAGGAUUGACGUAUACAUUUUUCCCUUUUUUAUUUUCUACUAUCAUAGUAUGAUGAGAUUUAAUAAUACACAUUUUUUACUGGACUGUAUUUUAUAAGAUCUCUGUCCGUUAGUGUGCGCCAUCUUAAACUGUCCUGUUUAUACUUGGAGCGUCAUCCGAAAGAUUCGUCUUUCCAAGUUCGGCGUAUUGCUGUGGAUGGUGGGUCUGGAGACAUUGUUUCAGAUUUGUUAUGUUAGCUUUUGACCAGCACUUUUUUAAGGCAAAGUUUACAUAUCGCUUCCUCCACGUUACCGGGCUCUCCUUUAUCGUUCGGCUUCAAUCUGAAAGGCACCCACAGCAGUGCCCUGGUACGUGGCUUUAAAACCAGAACCUCCUCAUCCUCCAUCCUAACCUUGAGUCGCUGCCCACCCGACCAAGACGAGAAGUAAACAAGGUGUAGCUGCGACGGUGCAUACUGCGGCUGCUGGUGCAAUAUGAUGAUAUCAGACUUGGAUUCAGGGUUAUUUUAUGCAAAUUUGUGGAUAAAUGAAAUAAUUGACAAAUAUAAAAAAUAAUUACGAAUAUAAAAAAAAAACUGCCAUUGUCGAAUAUUGUAAUAAUCGCGACUGCCCAGCUUCCCUCUCUCUGUGUCACCUGACAUGUCCAAAUCACAGACCAUAUUAUAAUUCAGCUGAUUGUGGCAGAUUUCUCAGGUGGGCUUCCUCUCUACAUUGUGACUCUCACAUAAAGUGCAGUAAAUGAGGAAAAAAAAAAUCCCAUCCAUCACACAUUUAUAUUCCCAUGAAGCCAAAUAGUGAGAAGUAAAAAUACCUGGAACUUGGUCUUAUCCUGAAAACAUGUUUAAAAGUGAACUGCCUGAAGUGGUUUGAGGGAAUUCAAGCUGAAUGUGUUAGAGAGCAUAAUAAAAAUGUGUCCAAGGUGUGCAUUGAAAGAAGACAAACUUGUUCAUCACCAUAGUUACUCGCUGUCCGUACUUGCCAUCCUAAUUGUGUGGAGAAAGUGAGGGUAUCUGUGCUGCAGUUAAGAUAAGAAAGUACUAUGUUACUCCUUUUUCUCUGUGACCUUGUGAUCAAAUCAUCUCAAUAACUUUGCUUUUAGGAGACAAAAGACCUUAUUUGUCGCUUCCCAGGCCCGGGGUGAGUAUCACACCAUCUAUCCUCAUAAAUAUUCCUGUGAUCAAACGCUUUGUAAUUCCUCUGAUUAAUGCCCCUCUCUUCUCCCACAGAAACACUCAGCUAACUUGAAGACUGCCAAAGCUGUCAAGUUGGAUGCAGAGGUAGCACACGCCAUAAACUCCUGCGCCUUUCAGAACAAUGCAUCACGUCACGUUCCCGUACCCUGUCCUGACAGCAGUAGAUUUGUCUUUUGGAGACUUUGUGUCACCUCGUUUGAAGAAUUGAUGGUGCUCGUAUGGUAAUAGGCUGCAAUUCUGCAGGCCAGCAGUUUUUCACGUCUGUUACCGCCACAGGAAGCAGAAUUAUGCUGAUUAAAGAACUACUACUCAGGAUGUUUAAAGAGAAAAUAAGCCUGUUCCGCUGACACACAUUUCAUCCUUUCAUUUUUUCGUAUUUAGCAGACAUUAUGCACAGCACAGGGCAUGAGGGCUAAUUUUUUUUAUACUUUAAUUUGUUACCAAUUGCACACCUGUUGUAAAGAUAUUAGUUUUUCUUCAUAAUAAUUAAAGGGAUACGAUGUCCUAUCGCCAAAAAGUGAUGAAUCUUAUGUCAAAGCCCAAAAUCCGUCCAGUGCAUGGACGAAAUUUUGAUUUCAGAGGUUGGGGGCACAAGAAACUCGAGUAAGGAGAUGACAUGUGGAUUCAAACAUCAAUGUUCAGCUCAGAUUUCUUCAUUUAUUCCAGAAUUCAGUUCCCGCCUAGCAAAUGGCGCCAUCUCGCACACUAUAAGAGAGGAGGCAAUAUGGCCAGCGGGUAGAUGGAAGUACAAACCUGAUACAGGGAUGUAAAUGAAACCUUCGAUGAAUGUGACGUUUACGGAGGGAAAAAGAACACCGCCCUCCUGUAAACUUACAUUGGCGAAUAGUGAAUGGGCGAAGAGCGAUGUUCACAGACUGACUCUUAAGAGCAACUUGCAAAACACUAGUCCGGCGGGGAUAGAAUGACUGACAGCAGGAAUAGCCAAUCACACACAAAAAGUGGCCCUGCGUUAGAGCAAAUCAAGGACCUUGUGGGCGGUCCAAACUAAAGGAAACCAGUUUUCAGUUUGAGCAGCCGUUUGGUCCUAGUGCCUGAUGUGUAUCAGUUUGCUUUACCGUAAAGUAACAUUGUUUUCAGUGCAUUAUAAUAUGAGCUUUCCCCUUAGAGAGUCACUUAUGCAUGUUUGUCUGUCUGUCUGUCUGUCUGUCUGUAUUAAUUUGUGCACAGGAGCAGACAAGCAUCGCCAAACUGGGCCUGGAGCUCCGUCUGCUGUCCUCAGACGUGGACACCGAGGUGGAGAAAUGGGAGGAGCAGGAGCACGAAAUAGUCCGACAGAGCCAGAGCCUGGCCAGUAUGGCCUACAACAUGCACCUAUUCACCAGGUUACCAAGCAGCGCCCCACUUUACACAAUCACACACACUCACACACACACUCACACACACACAUGCUCUGAUUAUACAUCUGCAGCUUGUCACAUCACGUCAACAAUGUUAAGCCUCUGAAGCAUGCACACUAAUCUCUUUGGAGUCUUGGUGUUAAUGAGAGACCCUCACUGUAAAGACUUAUGACAGGCCUGAUGUGGACCCAUGAUUAUACCUCCUUCUGACAGAAAAACCAUUAUGAUUCAUCCAGGUUACUCUGUUUGUUGAUAACUGUGGAUGUAUUUUUAUCCUCAUCUGUCUCUCACUCCGUCCUCAUUGUCUGUGUUUCCUGUAUUGAUUCCCCAGGGGGGAGGGGCUGCUGAAAACAACACUGGAUCUUUUUCAUCAAGCUGAGGUACGUGCAUCCAUAUCUGCUAAUCUCCUUGUCCAUCCACUUUCUGUUCUCUCCUCCUGUUUUAUCGAACCUGCAAAUGAAUACAUCCACUAAUUCAUUAAAGUGAAAACACAGCGAAGCCGGUGGAUCAAUGUGUGUCAAUAAAUGCCUGUGUACCAUCUCAGGUCAGACUUUGAAGGUAGGACGCCACAUUGCACAUAACAUAUCAGUAAACAAAGCUGCGUUGCUGCGGUGUAUCGUAUUGCACAUUAACAGUUAUGUGCAGUAUUUGUCGAAUCAGGGUCCAAAAUAUCCACCAGGAUUCAUUCCAGUUGUCAAGAGAGAGGAAGAUAAGAGAGGAAGAGGGAUGAUAGUGGGAGGAGGGGGAAAGCAUACAGAUGAGCAGCGCUGAGAAAACUAACAUCUCAAAGUGUUGAGUGACCAAACUUUUUGCUCUGCAUCUUUGGACUUGGUCCUGCUUGAAGGUUACAGAAUAACUAUUCGGCUCAUGUUUGCGUGUGUUUUUUUUAUGUUUGUCUUUUUAGGUCCUCUCUGAGGAGGGUCUCCAGUUGUGCUCAUCUCUGCGCACUUUUUCCACACAGGUACAUACUGAGGCAAUUUGUCUCUAUCUCUUAAAUGCACACCCAUAGGCUGCAUAAUAAAUCACGGUGUUCACACUCAAUAUCAUCCUUAAUAUUCCUGCUCAAUGAGCACAGAGAGAAAGAGAAAUGUUUUAUGCUUUAUUUAAUAAUCAGAAAAGUAUAUGGGCCACAUUAAAGGUAAAGUGUGUAAAACUUUGUGGCAUUUAGCAGAGCAGACAGGUAGAAAUGAAAUAUAAGUGUAUUUAAAUCUCCAAUAGUUUCGCUGUUUAGAAAAUGAAAAGGAAGACAGUGAUAAUUUUCCUCUGAAGGGUUUGUAUUGCUUGUUAAACUUGACAAAUGGAGGAUCAUACCAGUCCUGCAUCAAGGGUUUCUUGUCCAUUUGGGCCACCGUCACUUCACUGAUUGAAGGAGGGAGGAAGGAAGGGAGAGCUUCAAUCUAGAAUUUGAGCUCCGAAUCAUAAAAAAAUGUGCCCCACACUGCCCCUCCUGGAGAAAAACUUGAAGGUUAAGUCAAAUAAUGAGAAUAAUAAAAUUUCAACGUUAAAAAUUGAAAUUUCGAGUUAAGUCAAAUUUAAGAUUAUGAAAUGUCGUAAAUAAUGUUUUAAUUUCGAUUUUUUCAUUUUGACUUUUUAAAAUUUCGACUUUAAUCCUGAAAUUUCGACUUAGAUCUCGAAAUGGAAAUGAAAAAUAAAUAAAUAAAAUCAGAAGUUUAUAUUAAGAAAAACAUUGUAAUAAUACAACACUGCCUAUCCAGAUGUUCCUCAUUUAGCCUCGACUUGGCUUCUUUACACAAUGAACAGUUUUAUUCUGAUUCAUUGGGAUGCACCUGUGCUGGCUAAUCAUCACUAAAAUCUACCAUUUCUUCCUCAUGAAAUUAAGACUUUAUUCACGUAGCAAAAUGACUUUACUCUCUAACUGUUGCUCAUGAAAAUAAGUCAGGGGUUAUGUAUAGUGAGCAGGCAGUUAUGCACAUUAAAAUCCCAAUGGAGUGGCAUCAGCUUUGUUACGAGUUAACCACCAUGUUCAUUUUCCAGUCAGGUAAUGAAAACAGCAGAAUGUCCAAAUUAAAGAAGAAAUGUUUUUAUUUUUACAGUAUUUACUGAGUUGUAAUUAACUUGAGAGGAAUAAAUUUGAGUAGGGAGAAAAAAAGUGAAAGAAAAGCUGUUUACUCUUUUUUGCACAGGCUGAGCUGCUUGCCCAUUUGCAUGCAUACAAACACCCUCACUCAUUCACUCCCUGACACCUGUAGCCUCACCCACAUUUGCGCCUCUCUCUUUCACAAACACACACCCAUAUCACCCAUCCUGACAUGCCACCACGGUGCCAGGUCGGCCUUUAUAAAUCAUGAGGCAAGAGCAGGAAAUUAAGCCUGUCACAAUCUUUCACUACUUUCUACUUUCCGUCUCUGAGCUUUGGUCCAAACAAACAAACUAAACUAACCUCUGAGCCGUUUUUUUACUCUUUCUGCGCUCCUAAAAGUUCUUCACAUGCUCCUUUAGGUUUAAUUAAGGGGCUCUUUUUGGCAGCCAUUAAUGAUCGCCAUUUAUCACUGCUGCGUCUGUAGGUGUGGAUGUUGUAUGGUGUGCAUGUGUGGAGGAUGAGGGUGGGGGAGUAAUUCAUAACUGGCCACACACUCUGAUUAAUUACCUUAAACAAACCGCUGCUAAUGGAGUCCUUUUGUCUUGCCCUUCACUCCUUCAGUUCACACUUGUAGCACUUCUGUACCCUUUUCUCUGAAGAGUACUUAUGCAAAUGAACUCAGACAUUUUUUCAUUGAGGUUUUCUCUUUUGUGGGCGCCACCUCCAGAAAAAGAGUUUGUGUUUUUACAUCAGUGGUUGCAUGUAACUGAAGCAAAUGGACAGCCCCCAUGACUGAGAUUUAAGGAUUAACUCGGCUGGGUAACAGACUUAAGCUUUAGAUCACGACCUGGCUGUUGUUGAAGGAUUACACCAAGUAACACUAAAAUGUAUUUAAUCCUCUUUUUUUUACUCAUUUUGAUGCUUGAUUUGUGUCGAAAAAAACCCAUCUGUACAUGUUAGUCCAACCUCCUAGGGUGAAACCAUUAUCAGCAUAUCUGCUCUCAUCCACUUUGCCUGUCUCUCUGUUCCAGCUGGUUGAUGAGGAGAAGUCUGCGGUGAUGACAGAGAUGGAGAAACUGGUGGCUUUGUGCCAACAGCUGCAGAUGGGGGCAAAGACUCCCGUGCAGGGGAAGACUGCCACCUUCCAGAAGGUGUCCACACUACGCUCAUGUCUCUAUUUAGUAUCAUUUAAUGAAAUGAAAGUUUUGCUGGCCCAGCAGUUCAAGCACUCUAUGUAAAGUGGAAUAGUCCUUUUUGCGAUGGUUGCUGGUUUGACUACUGACCACUGCCAGUUCCUGUAUGCCUUCCCUCGCAUUUCCCAUCUUUCUAGAGCUGUCCUCCAGGCCCCAAUAUAUGUGCAUCGAGGCUUUGUCAGAAGGACAUUUGGCAGAGAGUACACAGGGUUCCUACAAAUCCUUAGAACGUCUCUAAAAAGUCUUAAAUUACAAAUAAUAAUCAUAUAUUAAGUCUUAAUAAUAGAGAAGUUUUAAAUGUUGGGCAGCUCUUUAAACAAUGUGUCCUUCAAUGUAUGUCUUAUGACUUCAUCAAAUCUUCACUCCUGAGAUAUUUUAUCCGUUUUUGGUUCAUUUCCUUGUGAUCAUGAAUUUUGCCAUCUGAACUCACGUAUGUGAUUUGAGGUUGUGACAGUCUGCUCUCAGUGCAUUAAAGCUGUUAGCAUUUGUUUUCCCACAUUAUGUCAGACUGGUUAUAGUAUUAGACAUUUUAAGUAAGGGAGAAUAAUGAUACAGACUGUGCGUUUGUCAGUCAGAGCUAAUAACCACAGCUCUCACCAUAUUAGAGAAGUGAUAUUGUGUCAAUUUGCCUUUAUUGUAUGCUGAAAGAAUUCAUAAGCAGUGUGUAAAUAGGGUAGACAUGUUAAAUUGAAUUUACUUAGCUUUAGAUUAAAAUGAAGAAGCUUUAUCAGCCUCGACAAUGAAGCGUUUGACACUCUAAUGCCUUUAAAAUUACAGUCUCAUAAUCUAAGUGGACCAUUCUGCUAUAAAAGACAUUUUUCCUUUUGUGACCUGUCUUUUAGUGAGGAAAUUUUAGUACUAAAUUAUUUUUUUUACGUGCUUUAAUCUGUGGGAAUGAUGGACGGAGCCAACAAUUAAAAGUCUGAAGUAUGUUUAAAGCUGAAAAACUAUGGCUAUAUAGUUUAAUAAUAUGGAUAUUCUAUAUAACAAGUGGUUUUGAUAAAUCCUACAGAUGGAUAGAUAGAAGCUUUUAUUGUCAUUGGAUUACAAUAAGACAAAAGUCAAAUUGCUGGAGUGCUCAAAAAAGUGAAGUUUGAAACAUAUGCACCACAUAUCAGUCAUAAAAACUAUUCUUAAGAACCAUUCAGUAAAAUAAACACUUAAAGCUCGCAUAAAAAAGGCAGAGAUCCGACACGUGUGAAAUAUGAGUAAAUCAAAUCAAUAAAAUUAACUAGCUAUUUCACAAUUCAAUAAAAUAUUACAUGGUUUUUAUGAAUAUGCAUGAGCCUGCAUGAACAUAGGCCAUUGAAACCAAAUUAAGGACUUUUUAAUACUCAAAGGAAAAUGAAUACCACUUUGUGUGCAGCAGAGCAAAGUGUGUAGGAACCCUGCGUACAGAAGAUCCUUCUGUGUUUUUUACUAAAAGGGAAAAUUAGCUUAAUCACAUAAAAAAACCACGUAUCUUACAAAGGACCAGCUGACUGCCUACGGGGUCAUCUUUGAUCUGCGCGUAACUCCAUUAUCAAACACAGUUAGUGAGAUUAAUGCAUGGGUUAGAGGAUAAAUGGUUUUGACUCAGAAUCACAGAAAAGGUUUGAAUUAAAAGGGCGGGAUGAUAGAAAGAGCUGAUUAAUGAGCAUCUGUGUGAUAUGUACCAGCUCCCAUCAGUCUGUUUUCCUAUUCUGAUCUUCACUUUGUCAUUUACCAAUAAUGAGAAAGUGUGUCUGACAAGUACAGUACUCCAGGGCAGGUGAUUUAUUAACUACUGGUUUGAUGUUUGUGCAUUUUCUAAUCUUCACCUCCUUAAUGGAGUUUAUAUAUCAUUGUUUUUUGUUACUGAAGGUGGAGUCAUCCAUUCAGACAACCAGGAACCUCUUAUCUGUGGUCCUCUCCCUUCUCCCAGUCUGUAACAAGCUCAACAGAAAGGUGAGCACCAUUGAAUAAAACAUAUGACUGAAUGUCUCUCACAAAACCCCCUAAAGACACCAAAACCCUCCUAAUACCUGCAGAGCUGACGUGACUUGAGACGUUAUUUUUCUGUGGUUUUUCCUCUCCACAUUGUUUCCAUCUGCAGUACAAGUCAGAGAGGAGCAGCCUGGGUUCCCCUCAAGAGUGGAGAGAGAGACAGGAUUCCUCCACGCCCGUCAAAGAGGACAAUAACAAGAGCAGCAAUGGCUUUGGAGUCAAAUCCUUGGAGCAGCACAUGGCCGGCCUCAACCUCCUAGAGAGCAAAUAAUCCAGGAAGUAGUCACCUCAUUUAUCCACUAUCCUCCCUCGGAGCAGCACAUAGCCAACCUCACCUUUCUGGAGGACCUUAUCCAGAAAAUACUUAACUCCCCCUCAUCCUCAUGCACCCACCAGAAGUGGGAUAGAGUUGCCAGGGUAAGUCAGAGUUUGUAUUUGCUAAAUCUGAAGGUUUACAGGUCUGAGCUUUCCGUGCCCUGGAGGAGGGUUUUACCUGAAGCACCAGUUCCACCCCGAUCCACAAGAUGGAGACAAUCAGCCAACGCUUGACUUUGCCAUUCGCAUUAAUUGAAACUGGGCACAAACCCAAUUUUAGAGUUUUAACUUCUCUCUGGACUUUGAUUCGACGAACUGAUCAGGACUACCCAGAAAGGACUCCUCUUGACGCUCAGCCAUACAUCUGUCUUCACUAUGUGCCUCUUUGCUUUGUGGUGUACUGUAAACGUGUUGCACAUGUAAGCCAAACUGACAGAAAAAGAGGUGAAUAAUUACUGAAAACCCACCCUGCAUGACACCAUCCCAAACCCCCUGGUGUUUGAGUCUCUUGAUGAUCAAUGUGUCACAGCUUUGUAAAGUUAACUCUGUUGGGUGAUGUUUAGUCAUUCUAGUGCAUUCACUGGCGUCUGAUUCAUGUUUCCAUACUGUUAGCUAUGGAACGCUCCCAUGUGCCAUUACAUUGAAAUGCCAAAUAUGAUUGUCCACAUCAGCUUGCUAGUCUUGAAAUCUAAAACUCUUACUCCUCCAGAAUAAGACUGGAGACUUCUUUCUUUGGGUCUGCUUCCUCCACAGUUUCAUGAUUAUUACUUUGGGAUGCCAGUAUCUUAGUUUAUACUGUCUUGGGUAUUAUUUAAUCAUAUUCUGUGUUAACUGUUUUAUGUUUAUUACCCAUAAAAGAAAUGAAAUCUAACACUGAUCUGGCACCAGUGGCAAGUGGAGCCUUGAAGUGUACUUGUUAUGAAGACUAUCAUUGUGAAGCUGCCUCGUUUGCUCCUGUGUGUUCAAUGGUCAAUGGUAUGUAUAAUAUGGUACUUGAAGCAGAGAUAUAUAAAUAUAUAUACACACUAUUGUAUCCUAAGGUUAUGACUUUGGUACUAGGUGAGGGUGUUGAAAUGACUGAAAUGAAUAACAAACAUUAAGCUUUGUACAGAGGGAGAGCAGCAAAGGAUGCUGGGUAUUGUAGUGGCACUACAGAUGUGAAGAAAUCAUAGAUAUAGUUUUGGACCAUCUAUUAUUUUGACAAGUGAGAGGUUAAAUAAAAGUGAGACAUAAAAAAUAAACAAUAUUUUUCUUACAUCUC